GGGAGCGCGGCGGCGGCGGCGGCGCCUCUCCUUCUCCUUCUCCAGCCCGGGCGAGGAGCGCGACGCAGCUCCAGCGCUGGAGAGCGGAGGGAGGCCGGAGGCGAUGGCGACAGACCCGCCGCAGCCGCGCCCAGGUGAGCUGCCACCGCAUGGCCCAAAACGGAGGGAGGGGGAGCCUGCUAUGGUGGAGCGGCUCCUGAGCACGUGCAGAGCGCGGCGAGCCAGGGGAGGCGCCCGACUUGACCUUCUGCAUACCUGGAGCCCCCCGCACCCGCAAGAGGGUCCCGUUUGCAAAUCAGGCAGCGCCCUUGAACCGGGGAGGGGGAAGAGCGCCCUGAUGGAGCGAGGACGCCAAACAUGUGCAGAGGGCCUUCUGCCACUCUGCCGCUCUGGAAUCGCAGGGAGCUUGGACUCCUCCCUCCUUUAGCCAUUGACAGAAAUGGUGAUUGCUGCUGCUGCUGCGUCUCUCUCUCUCCCCUCGUAAAAUACCCCACCAUCCUGGCUGCAUCAAGCGCUCUCGGGCCGCCAUCUCCGCCCCUCAUCGCUUCUCCGCCCCCAGGUAGCUUCAGCCCCACGUUGUCUCGAGCUCUCGUGGUGGUGCGAGUCAUAGGAGCCAACUCCCAGGGGCCGAGGUCCCUUCGCUCCCCACCCUAAAAUAUUUGAGGGGGUUGGCCCUCCCCCCAAGUUGAUGGGCAUUACCAUUCAAAUAGUGUGGGUGCACCCCGUCAUGUGAUCAAUUAUUUUAUGCAAGUUGGCACCACUGGUGGGAGUCUUCUGGAGCACCCACCGCGAAUCUCCGGGAACGAAGGCUAGACUAGCAGCAGCAGCCCCGGCACGACGCCGGGCUCUGCCAGCAGCCUUUACUCGUUUUCCAGCCUUUGCGGGAGUCCCUCUUCCCCACAGCAGUAAAGGUGUUAUUUUACUCUACCAAUCCCCCGUUCUCCAUUUGGAGGGCCAAAUGAGAGGCUUUCCCCGCUGCGUUCUCGCUUUGGGGCCAACUUCGAGUUUCUGCUUGGUGACAGCGGGGCUUGGCCCGCGGAACUCCCUGCUCCGUGAAGUUAGGCAGAUUCCCUAAACGCGGGGCGACGUUUCCCCAUGUUCUUACAGACGUUAUAUUUGCAAAAGGCGCUGACUCCUUGGCCUCAUAUCUGUUCAGGACAGCUUUUACCCGAUAUGGUUUUAUCCUUGAAUGCUGCUGUGGAAUUAUUGUGCUGCUUAGCGGUGUAUAAAUACUUCCGACAUCUUUUCUGCUCUCCCCACCCUCCACAUGGGGUGCAAAAUGCCCUUGUGGGGCUGAUCCCCCCUCCCCCUGCUCCUGGAAUGAACGAGGCUUGACUCUUCCUAAGCAGACAGGGAGCAAGCUGGCGGGUGUGUGGCGGAAGACCUGUGGUUCUGGCAGUUGCAAGGGGACUUCCUGACACUGUUGUGGGUGCUUUGUGCAAAGGGGUGAAGGUUUGGAGCCAGAAGGCUACUGUCCACGGUGGGGCUGCGUGGGCUGGGGGCUGCUUUUGGUGGCGGCGGCGAGCAUAAGGCGCCUGUCCAGGCUAGCACGGUGUGGUCUGCCUGCCUGGGCUGAGAGGGCUACUUGCCACUCUGGGCCACAGCUUGCCAGGACUGCUCUGAGUCUGCCUUGGGGCCAGUAUCUCCCCAAAGCUCUGGAAAGAUGUCUUCCUCUGUUGCGUCCCGUCCAUUCUGCUGCUGUUCUGUAGCCUGAGCAGAGGAAAUGUUCCAGCGAGUGUGGAAGGAAGGAAGGAAGCCUGCGCUGGCAGGUCUCUUAAGUCUCCUCAAUUCCACCCGCCUGAUGCAAAGCCUAAUUGGGGAUGGGGGUGGUUUGUAGAUGCAUAAUGGCUACGUGCUUCUCUGAGCGCCGGAGAAGUUCUAUCCGUCGCGCCCCUGCUGGGUUUGGCCUCCUCCGGACGAAAGCGGAGGGGGAAGUCAGGCUAUCUUUGUAACAGCUGAGCACGGAGGAGGCAAAUCCCUCAGCAGGCAGAGGCCCCACUGAGAACCCACCUCGCCCGCACCCUACGGCUUUCCAACAGGUCUCUGUCUCUCCACAAACUCAGACUAUGAAACUGGAGCUGGGACGGGGGUCACUUUCCAAACCCCUGGUGGAUCCUCCUUUUGAAAAAGCAGAGGGUGGGUGGGGAGAGAUUCCUCCUGCCAAAGAUCCUUCCUCCUCUUUGGCUUGCUGAGCUCACAUCCACCAGUCGCCCUUCCAGAGAUCAAGAUGGCCAGGAUCGUAAAAGGUAGUGUUGGUUCCUAGCUGAGCAUCCCAAAAUAAGAAGCUGGGUUUGCAGGCGUUUCUGCUUAGGGAGGAAUCUGGGGACCCUUUCAGCUCUGUCUCCUGCUGCUAUUAUCCACCCCCCACCUCUGUCACAGGAGAUCCUGGAUGGGUAGUUCAGCCAUGCAGGCAUCCUCCUAAGGAAGGAGCCCCCGUGGACAAGGCUGAGCUGUGGCCCUGGAGCACAAUGCAAAGGCUGUGGUUCCCAAAGUGUUUGGUUACAUCCCACCUACCCACCCCCUGGAAGGGGGAGAAUGGGAUUACCUGGGAGGGUGCCAGGAGGGCACUGGAGGUGUCAGUGCCUAUGAGACUUGAAAAGCCGGUAUUGCUUUGCAGUUGCUGAAUUGAUUAAACUAAAUGGUUUUAAUUGGAUUUUGAAUGAAUGUGCAAUUAAUUGUUACUCUUUCAAAUGUUAUUGCAUUGCUGUCUUUCUCAGUGGGGUAUGCAGACUUCUGAGUAAUGUUUCUUAUAGGGCAGUGGGCAGGAGUUUAGGGAAGCAAGGGGGCAGUGGGAUGAGAAAGGGGUCAGUUGUGUUGGUGCAAGGAGGUCUGUUUCCCACUCUGUUGCCAGAACUUUACUCUGUCUCUCUGGUUCAUUUCUGAGCAGCUGCUGUUUCACGCUAAGGGCUUCCUCCGUCUUCCAUCUCAUUAUUUUGCACCCUAAGUGUACAAUCACCAUUCGUUGUCAGUUAUAGGAUGUCCCUGCGUCAUUCCUUUGAAGAACCACAUUUGUAGCAAAGAGAUGGCCUUUUUCACACACACACACCCUUUUGGGGGGGGGGCUGCAGGGGAGGAUGCCCCCGCCUCCUCCAGCCGUUGCUUUCAUGGGGAUUGAGCCAACUGGUGUAGGAUGAGUGUGCAAGUGUGUCAGGUUACCUGAUGAUUCUGGGAGCAUCAUGAGGCCAGGCCGUUGUGGCUGCAGCAGAUGUCUUCAGGAGGGCAGGUCCUGAUGCAGGGGAUUCCAAUCGCAAGAAAGGAAUUUUGACUCCAGCUAUUUGAUGCUGGAUCUGGGAGGGUAGUGGGUGCUCCUUAGAGGUUCAUCAUCAGAGGCUGGCUGACCAUCUCCUCUCCAGGAUGCUAUAGUAGUGGGUGCAUUUCUUGUGCUGCCCAGGGGUUGAGCUGGAUGACCUUUGAGGGACCUUCCAACACUGUAGUUCUAUUGUAUUUUUAAAAAGCAUUUCUUGUUCAUGCCAUUAGAGGUCAAGAGCUUAGUCUGCGCUCAUAUGCCUUGCAAAACAAGAAAAGUGGGGGUGGACAUCUUCCUCAUUUUAUUAAACGUUUUCUUUCUUUCUCUUUUUCUUUUAACUAGCUGUCUCCUCCUCCUUGAUUCUUGUUUUGAAGGAGGAAGAACAGCUCCUGGGCGAAAGUGCAAAGGAGAAAAACGCAUGCCACAUUUUGACUUUGCUGGGAUUUCUGGCGAGUCUCUGCCUGAAUCCUUGUUGUGGGCUUUCAGGAAGGCAGCUAAGGGGAGCCUCUUUACAUAAUGUGGCUUUUAUUUUAUUUUUUUGCUCCAAGGGUUUUGCUUUGACCUCGCAGAACAGGAAAUACCGCUUGUGCUCCAAACUUUCCUAGGAGGAACAGGAAGGCGGAAUCUGCCUGGGCAAAGGAGGGUGGUUGGCUCCUGCCUUUGGGAUGGCAGCAGCAGGGAGAAAGUGUGUGUGUGUGUGUGUAUUGGGCGAGAGGAGGGGAGAGACGACUCAAUCUGUUUUCUGUUAAUUUGGAUGGAAAUGAAUUCUUCCUCCAGUAAUUGACUGCUAAUAGGAUUGGACUUGGAAAGCUAUUGAUGGUUAGAUGGCUAUGCACUGCCUCCACAGGCAGCAAUGAUCCUGAACACCAGUUGCUGGAAAUCACCGGAGGGGAGAAUUGGGCUUGCGCUCAGGUCCUGUUUGCGGGUUUCCCCAUAACGGGCAUCUAGUUGGCCACUGUGAGAACAGGAUGCUGAAUUAGAUAGCACCCCUUUGGCCUGAUCCAGCAGGAUCAUCUUAUGUUCUUAAGCUGCACCAGUCGUCCCUAGGUGAAGUCUGCUGAGCCACUGGCCACAAACCCUUAACCGGAUUCCCUCUCAUUGGCAGACACAGAUGAGUUUCUAUCUGAUGAAGAGAGGCAAGAGGAGGAAAGGGGGAAAGAGCAGCAGCCCCCGUCUCCAAAGACAGACCCCAGACAGCAUUCCACUUCCCUUUAGACAGGCAGGUAAGGAUGGCUGCUUGCAGCCCAAAGGAAGCUCUGCCGUUCUGCCCCUGAGUGCGCCCGACCUGCAAUGAUGUACAAACAAACCACCUUCUGCCCAACCUGCUGUUUCCAACUCCAACACAGGCAAAUGCACUCGAAAUAUUAAGGACAUGAGCAGAGCCUGCUGGAUUAGGCCGGUGGCCCAUCUAGUCCAGCAUCCUGUUCUCACAGUGCCCCCCCCAUGCCUAUCAGGGGAAGUCUGCAAGAAGCACAAGAGCCCUUUCCCCUCCUGCAUUCUCCAGCUUUUCUCUAGUGGGUAGAGAAAAAUGCUCCUCCCUCUCUCAUUGCACCAGAAAUUGUGGGCAUCCCACGAAGCUGGGCGUUGGAAGAUUCAGGACAAGAAAGAAGAAAGCCUUUCCUCAUGCAGAGCAGAGUUAAACUGUGGAACUCCCUCCCACAGGAGGCAGUGAUGGCCACCAACUUGGACGGCUUUGAAAGAGGGUUAGACCAGGGCUGGCCCAUGGCAUUUUGGCACCACACAAUGAUGCUCCCUUAAAACGGCCAGGGAAGAAGGUAGGGUGGAGAUCUACACCAGGAACAAGAGUGGGGGGUAAAGAUUCUCAGAAACAGGUGGUGGGAGGAGACUAACAGGGCCUCCUAUUCACAGAGGGGCUGCUGAGAAGGUAAGGUGUGUGCUGCCACUGGCACCGUGGAAGCAGUGCCAGGCGAUGCAUUCAUUGGAGGCUGGAGCUGCCACUCCUGUGGAUGCUGUCGCCUGAAGCAGAUGCCUCCUCUUGCCUCAUGGGUGGGCCGGCCCUGGGGUAGACAAAUCCAUGGAGGAUGGAGAUGGCUGUCAACUAGCCAUGGUGGCUAUCUUGCCACAGUCAGAUGCAGCAAUGCCUCUGAAUACUGGUUGUUGGAGGGGAGGGGAGAGGGCUCUUGUGCUGGGGUCUUGCUUGAGGGUUUCCCAUUGGGGGCAGCUGGUCGGCUGCUGUGAGUACAGGAUGCUGGGCCAGAUGGGCCAUUGGCCUCAUCCGGGAGCAUCUUCUUAUGUUCUUAAAAGGCAAUGAGGACCACAUUUGCCCAUGCAAGGAAGUGGAGCCCCACAGAAACCCCCUUGCCAUGUUCUGACCCCCUCUCUUUCUGCCCCGCUGCUGUUCUGGGUUUUCAAAAGCCCUCUAGGAAAUAAAAUGGCAAGGCUUGUUUUGACUGGAGAUGCCAUAGGGUGUGGACUGAUGAGCAAUUACUCUCUCCUACCUCCCACUGGAACUCACUGGGUGGGUGGGGAGAUUGCCCGCCUCCGCCCUCUGCCGGGCUCAGGGCCAAAGGCUCUGGUGUGUGCUGCGGGUUGAUUUAAUUUUGAAGACUUUUAAGAUGGUCUAAUAGGAGGCAGGUUGAUUGCAUUGCCUUCAGCUCUACAGGGAAACCCUGGGGACAUGGUGCUGCUGCUGCUGCGUGUGGGGACCUCUUGUGGCCCAGCUGGGAAGCACAUCCCAUGCAGUCGUGAAUCCCAGCCUCCCUUUGAAAAGGCCCCAAACUGGCUGCUGGCCUGCCCAUUAGGGCAAAUCCACCUUUAAUGCGCACCCCACACACAUUUAAAUCACAUGACCUCCCCCAAGGAAUUCUGGGAAAGGUAGGUUGUUAAGGGUACUGGGAAUCAAAACUCAUUUGAGGGGGCAACUACAGUUACCAGGAUUUGGGGGGGGGCAUGAUUUUUAUUUAUAAUUAUUUUAUAAAAUUUAUACACUGCUUGAUUGUAAUAAAACCAAAACCAACAACCCUCAAAGCAAUAUAUAUAUAUAUAUAUAUAUAUAUAUAUAUAUAUAUAUAUAUAAAGAUUAUCACUAAGAAAACCAACAAAUACUUUCAAGCUUUCAAAAAGUUAAAAUAGCAAUAGACUAAAAACAGAUUGAGACUCUCAACAACUUCCUAAACAUCUGGACAGACUGUUUUUAGCCGGUGCUGAAAAGAGUUCAGGGAAGGGGCCUGCCUGUUGUCAAGAGGCAAGGAGUUCCAAAGGGCAGGAACUGCCAUGCUAAAGGACCAAUUGCUUACAAAUGUGGAAUGGGUAUUAUGUGGCAGCUGUAACACUGCCCAGUUCUGCUGAUUGACAUUGUUAAGUAGGUGUAUAUGGGGUGAGGAGAUUUCGCAGGAAAACAAGUCCCAUGUUGCUAAGGGCUUUAAACGUGCACCUGAUGUUUUUUAAAUGUAUGGUGUGGAUCUGCUCAUUGUGUGAAUAGUUGCCAGGCUCCCCCUCCAGCCCAUCACAGUAGCUCGCAUGGCCAGUGGUCAGGGAUGGUGAUGCUGGAGUUGUUGGUGAUGGGAGUUGUUGUAGGGGCACAUAUUCCCCCACUAGAAAAGGCAGAAUGGGGAGGUUGGAAAAGUGGAACCUUAUCAGCAUUUGCAGGAUUUGUUCCUGAUUUUGGUGGUAGAAUCAAGUCUGAAUCCCCAAAUCUUUCCAGGUUUUGUAAAAAGCAGUUCUGGGCUGGAGAGGGAGAACAGCGAUGCCUCUGAACAGUUUUGGAGGUAGCGGGGAUAGGGAGAGACUGUUUAAGAAAUGGAGGAUCCUUUGCCCUGAUCACCACAUCAAAUUGGGGCUUUGUAGCUAAAUUUAGUGCUUUCUGUCUCCCUAUGUUUUGGGAUGGUUUCUACCUUUGGCCCACCAGAAGUUGCUACAUUACAUUUACAACUCCCAUCAUGAGAACCUAAGAAGAACCUGCUGCAUCAGGCCAAUGGCCCAUCUAGUCCAGCAUCCUGUUUCCACAGUGGCCAACUAGAUGCCUGUGGGAAGCCCCAAAACAGGAUUUGAGUAUAAGAGCAACUCUCUCUCUCCUCUCUCUUCUGCCUUGGUCCGACCACACCUGGAGUCCUGUAUCUGGGCACCACCAUUUAAGGAGGAUAUUGACAAGCUGGAACGUGUGCAGACGAGGUCAACCGAGUUGAUGAUAGAAAAGUUUUCUAGUUCUAAGCUAGCUGACAAAGAUUGUCAAGGCCAAGCCUUACGAGGAAUAAGGUGUGUUGGGUGUGUUUAGCCUGGGGAGAAGAAGACAAGAGAGGUGACAUGACAGCCACCUUCAGAUAUCUCAAGGGCUGUCACGUGGGAAGAUGGAGCCAGCUUCUAUUCUCUUGCUCCAGAGGGGAGGCCCUGAACCGAUGGAUUCAGUUGACAAGGAAGGAGAUUCCGGAUCAACAUUAAGAAGAACUUUCUGACAGUAAGAGCCAUUCAGCUGUGGAACGGGCUCCUUGGGAAGGUGGUGGACACUCCUGCGUGGGAUGAUUCUGAAGAGAUAUUGGAUGACAAUUUGUCAGGGAUUCUGAUUCCUGCAUCGUAGGGUCAGACUAGAUGGCCGCUGGAUUCCCUUCCAGCUCUACAGUUCUGUGAUUCCCCUCGCAUGGUUUCCGGUAACUGAUAUUCAGAAAAAAAAAUUCUGCCCCAGAGCCAAUGGCCAUGGAGAAUAUGGGAAUCUAGCACCAUGUGGGGGGCUUGUCUCCUUGUGGCUUUCUUUUUUUUUUUUUUAAAUAAUUUUUUAUUAAGGUUUUAAACAAAGAAAAAAGAAAAACAACACACACAAAAAAACAAUACAAAAUUUAACAAUAAAAACACAAAACAUAACAAUUAAAAACAAACUCUCUUUUCAAUUCCCAAUUUUAAAUUACUUAUUUUCUGGACUUCCUCAUACCUCCCUCUUUUGUAUUCCAAUCUACAUUAUUUGUCCAGCAGUUUCUUUUCCACUUUUCUAAACCCAAUCUUUAGUUUAAUAAAAUAUUAAAAUAUAUAACUUCAACUUUUUUAGACCUAAUCCUUGUUCUUAAUGUCAUAUACCUUUAAAUUUUUCCCCUUUUAUUAUCAAAUUUCCAUUUCUUUAAACAUCUUUAAUCUUGAUCUUUAAUCUUAAUCUAUCCUUAACUUUAACCUGUACAGCUGGAAACCACUUAUUUUCAAUCCAACAUCAUUCUAACAUUCCUUAAUUUUGCAGUGUUUCUGAAGAUAGUCUUUGAAUUUCUUCCAGUCUUCCUCCACCGACUCUUCUCCCUGGUCACGGAUUCUGCCAGUCAUUUCCGCCAAUUCCAUAUAGUCCAUAAGUUUCAUCUGCCAUUCCUCCAGCGUGGGAAGUUCUUGUGUCUUCCAAUACUUUGCGAUGAGUAUUCUUGCUGCUGUUGUUGCAUACAUAAAGAAAGUUCUAUCCUUUUUAACACCAUUUGGCCCACUAUGCCCAGGAGAAAGGCCUCUGGUUUCUUAGGAAAGGUAUACUUAAAUACCUUUUUAAUUCAUUAUAUAUCUUUUCCCAGAAAGCCUUAAUCUUUGGGCACGUCCACCAAAGGUGAAAAAAUGUACCUUCAGUUUCUUUACAUUUCCAACAUUUGUUAUCGGGCAAGUGAUAAAUUUUCGCAAGCUUGACUGGGGUUAUGUACCACCUGUAUAUCAUUUUCAUAAUAUUCUCUCUUAAGGCAUUACAUGCCGUAAAUUUCAUACCUGUGGUCCAUAACUGUUCCCAGUCAGCAAACAUAAUGUUAUGUCCAACAUCUUGUGCCCAUUUAAUCAUAGCAGAUUUCACCGUUUCAUCCUGAGUGUUCCAUUUCAGCAGCAAGUUAUACAUUCUUGACAAAUUCUUAGUUUUGGGUUCUAACAAUUCUGUUUCUAAUUUGGAUCUUUCCACCUGGAAGCCAAUUUUUCUGUCCUUGUGGCUUUCACCCCACCCCGAAUAACAUUUAAUUUCUUUCUGUAUCUCGCUGCCCCAGUUGCAUCGCUGCAAUGGUGGUGUUCCUGAGCGCCCCCUCCCGCCACCGUCUGCUGGGCAUCUUGCCUCCUGCACUAGCGGUGAUAUUUGAAGGGAGGCCACUGCGCAGGCGCCUCCCUGCACGGGAGAGAGAAAAUAGCUCUGGGAAAAUAAACAUUAGUUCAGGGUGUUUGGAAGCCUGGCGGCCUGGCUAGACGCCAGUGGCGCUCAGCUCUCUCUCUCUCUCUCCUGGCUGGCAUUGUGUCCGUCAGCGGAGCGAGCUCUGAAGGAGGCGCCUUGUCUGCCCAAGGCAGAAAAUGAGGCGUGGGGCUCCUGGAGAGUCUGUGACCUUCUCCAUCCCAAAGGAGUUUGAGCAGCCUCCUUUGUGUCUCCCUUGACAGCCGCCUUCAAAGGGAAGGUCGAUGGGCCGCUUGCAAUGGUGAAACGGGCUUUGCACCCUCCUCCAGAAACUUGGAAGGAUUUAAAAACAGGAGUGGACACAUUCAUGGAGGCUGAGAAGGCUGCUGCUAGCCAUGAUGGCAAUGUUCUCUGCCUCCACAGUUGGAGGAAGCAAUGAUUCUGAAUACCAGUUGGUAGAAGCCACAGGAGGGGGGUGGGUCUUGUGCUUCUAGGUUUCCCAUAAGGGCCAUCCGGUUGGCAACUUUGAGAACAGGGUGCUGGAUGAGAAGGGAGGGCUCUUCUGGUGCUCUUCUGGAACCUCCAGGCCCAGAGGCAGUCUACCCAGAUUCCUAGAUUGUUAGAUGAGUAAGAAGCAGCAUGAUAAAAAAAAAUCCAAGAAAUUAUGCAGGGCAUAAUCUUUCGUAAUACCAGAAUGCUCGGACAUCUAAUGAAACUGAAAGUUGGGAGAUUCAGGACAGACAAAAUAAAGUCCAUGCAGUGCAGACUUAACCUGUGGAACUCCCUCCCACAGGAGGCAGUGAUGGCCACCAACUUGGAUGACUUUAGGUAAAGGUAAAGGGGAUCCCUGACCAUUAGGUCCAGUCGUGACCGACUCUGGGGUUGUGGCGCUCAUCUCGCUUUACUGGCCGAGGGAGCCGGCGUACAGCUUCUGGGUCAUGUGGCCAGCAUGACUAAGCCGCUUCUGGCGAACCAGAGCAGCCCACGGAAACGCCGUUUACCUUCCCGCAGGAGUGGUACCUAUUUAUCUACUUGCACUUUGACAUGCUUUCGAACUGCUAGGUUGGCAGGAGCAGGGACCGAGCAACGGGAGCUCAGCCCGUCGCGAGGAUUCAAACCGCCGACCUUCUGAUCGGCAAGUCCUAGGCUCUGUGGUUUAACCCACAGUGCCAUCCGUGUCAUGGAUGGCUUUAGAAGGGAGUUAAACAAAUUCUUGGAGGAGGCGAGGCUAUCAAUGGCUACUUGCCAUGAUGGGUAUGCACUGCAUCCAUCAUCUGAAGCAGGGAUGCUUCUGAAUACCAGUUGCUGGAAGACACAGGAGGGGAGAGUGGUGGUCUUCUGCUUCAGACCUGCUUGUGGGCUUUGCUUUGGGCUAGCUGGUUGGUCAGUAUGCUGGGCCAGAUGGCCUGAUCCAGCAGGGCACUUGUUAGGAGCAAAUGUCCACACAGAGCCAGAAAGACCUGGAAAUGCUUGGUUCACGAAGCCCAUUCAUCCGAACUGCGCAUGUGUUGAAAGUGAAAUACUACAUUUUGUGAAGAACCACAUAAAACAUAUUUCAUUAAAUUCAUACACUGUUUGACUGCAAAAACAAACAAACCUCAAAGCAGUGUACAAAAAUACAAAAUAAGACAACAAAGAAAGAGAAAAUUACAGUAGCUUAAAGCAUGCAAAAAGUUUAAAGAAUAAAAUGGGUUAAAAUUCAUACCAGCUUUCUAAACUAGUCUGAAUGAGAAUGUGUUGAGCAGGUGCCCCAAAGAGAACAGUGAAGGCGCCUGCUUGAUUUCAAUAGACAGGGAGUUCCAAAGUGUAGAUGUCGCCACACUAAAUUGUAGAGGAUGCCCCCUUUCCACUGGCUUUCCCCCUCCUGUCGUAGGCCCUGCCAGGGACAAAAGAAGGGGUGCUUAGCUUUCCUUUCUUCCUCCCCUCUCCUCCCUCUCCCCCUCCUUCCCUGCCCCCUCUGAACUGGGAGUGAAGCUGCAUCACCAGCACCCGAAUUAGCCCCUGAUGUCACCCUGGAAGUUGGCGCUGUGCUCCAGAACGCAGCCACUCCUUGCGUCAGCCGCGGCUCAUUGACAUUCUCUCUGGUGCUUCCCUCUCCCCUCCUCAGCAUGCGCCGUUGCUGCCAGGUCUAUUUUUAGCUCCACAGGUUUGAGCAGAAUGAGGCCUCUCCAUCACAACUUCAGCCUCCCCCUCCCCGACUUCUGCUUGCCUCUUCCCCGUGUUCAAGACAUGGGAGGAGACUCCACACACUCUCUUAGUGUUUAUUUAUUGCCUUGAGAGCUCCACCUUUUUCUCCCCAAGGAGCUCCAGACGGUGUACGUGGUUCUUCCCCCCAUCUCAAUUAAUCCCCACAGCAAACCUGUGAGGUAGGCUAGGCUGAGAGGCAGCAACUGGCUCCCCAAGGUAACCAAGCGAGCUUCAUGGCAGAGUGGUGGAUUUGAACCCUGAUCUCUCCCAGGUCCUAGUCUGACACUCUGACUGAUACCAAUGGGAACAUGUGAGUCAGUUGUGACUUACAGUGGUACCUCGGGUUAAGAACUUAAUUCGUUCUGGAGGUCUGUUCUUAACCUGAAACUGUUCUUAACCUGAAGCACCACUUUAGCUAAUGGGGCCUCCUGCUGCUGCCGCCCCACCGGAGCACGAUUUCCGUUCUCAUCCUGAAGCAAAGUUCUUAACCCGAGGUACUAUUUCUGGGUUAGCAGAGUCUGUAACCUGAAGUGUAUUUAACCUGAAGCGUAUGUAACCCAAGGUACCACUGUAUUUGUCAAUGGUAAAAAUUAAGCACUGAAAGAGGAUAGGAUAACUAUCAUUCUUUCCUUAGCAGUGUUAAGGACCCUGAAGUCUCUCCCUCCUCCAUCCGCAAUAUAUAUCCUGCAAUUAAGAAGCCCAUUAUGUGCUUGUGGGGGUCCCCCCAUCUCCCUGCUGUAAUGAAGAAUAGCAUCCUUGCCAAGUCUGGAUGGUCCUGAGAUGAGAGUUCGGAAAUCACCAGAGAGUUCAUAAAAUUUUGCAUGGCCCAGAGAGAGUGCUUGUUCUCUUGUAAGCAGGCCAGUGCAGACCUUGCCUGAGGUCUAGGAUGGGAGUCUUGUUCUUGGCAUAACGGCACAAGUCAUGGGUAGGCAAACUAAGGCCUGGGGGCUGGAUCCGGCCCAAUCGCCUUCUAAAUCUGGCCAGAUCUGGGAAUCAGUGUGUUUUUACAUGAGUAGAAUGUGAGCUUUUAUUUAAAAUGCACCUCUGGGUUAUUUGUGGGGCAUAGGAAUUCAUUCUCCCCCCCUCUUUCCCCCCAAAAAUAUAGUCUGGCCCUCCACAAGGUCUGAGGGACAGUGGACCAGCCCCCUGCUGAAAAAGUUUGCUGCCCCUGGCAUAAGUCCAGCAGGGCUCCCCAGCCGGCUGAGUCCUCCGAGGCUCAGAGCAAGUGGACCUGGCUGCCCACCCCUCUGCAAGGGUAUGUAAGGACAUGGUCAUCUUGUGGAGCUCAGGUGGACAUCCAAUCUUGUUGAAUGGUGUGAAGAGUCAUCUUUGGCUGUUGAGGUCAAAGGCCUUUGCCAAGUCUAUGAAGGCGAUGUAUGAGGGGCAUCUCUGCUCUGGGCAUUCCUCCUGCAGCUGCUGCAGUGAGAAAAUCAUGUCGACUGUUAACCUCUGAGCUCUAAAGCCUCAUUAUGACUCAGGAUAGACCCUGUCAGUGAGUGACUGUAAUCUGUUGAGAACUUCACGGGCAAAGGAUUUCCCCACAGUACUCAGCAGGAAGAUCCCAUGUUAUAGUCAUGGCAGUCCCCUUUGUUCUUAUAGAGCAGUGUUUCCCAAACUUGAGUCCCCAAACCAGCUGGUCUUUGGACUACAAUUACCACCAUCCCUAGCUAGCAGGACUAGUGGCGAGGAAUCAUGGGAACUGUAGUCCAAAAACAGCUGGAGACCCAAAUUUGGCUGGCAAUGGCUACUAGUCAUGCUGGCUAUGGUCUGCCUCCAAAGCCAAGACAGUAAUGCUUCUGAAUGCUGGAAACCGCAGGAGGGGAGAGGACUCGCUUCCUGCUUUCAAGUUUUACACUGGGGCUUCUGGCUGGCCACUGUGUGAAGAGGAUGCUGUGUGAAGACAGAAUGCUGUCCAGGGUUGUAAAGACUGUGGAGAGAAUAAUUGGGUGCACUCUUCCCCCCUUGGAUCAAAUCUACGCUUCCAGGUGCCAUGAGAAAGCUGCAGAGAUAGUGCAGGAUAGUGUCCACCCUGGAAAUGAUCUCUUUCAGCUUCUGCCUUCUGGAAGAAGGUACAGGGUUAUAAAGACUAGGACUCGCCGCCUGAGAAACAGUUUCUAUCCAAAUGCGAUUUUGGUUUUAAACGCAGUGUAAGGUAGUCUCUAUGGGAGUAUAUUGUAUUCAAUUAUGGGGUGUCAGAGUUUUUACGGGCUAACCAGGCUGGGAUAGUUGGGAUAUCAGGCUUGUUGGUUUUUGAAUGUCUGGUGUAGAUUUUUUUCAAUUUCGUUGUUCUGUAUGGGACAAUGACAAUAAAGAUUAUCGUAUCGUAUCAUAUCGUAUCGUAUUGACUAGAUUAGCCAUUGGCCUGAACCAGCAGCCUCUUCUUACGUUCUCAUGAGAUCCAAGCCUUGAACACAGGGCUCCUUUCCAUGGGGGCACAGCUGCAUUGCAGAGCCCCUGAAGAAAUGCCUGCCCAGCUCAGCUCUCAGGAUGUCCACAGCUGGGCACUUUCUGCAUGUUGGCAAACGCCCAGAAAAUUACUUUUAAUGUGGCUUGCAAGGACCUGAUUGCAUCCAGGUGUGGGCCACAGCCAGAAAAUGAUCUUUGGCACGGAGGCUGACCUUUAAUUAAUUGGAUGCAGCAUAAUAUAAUUGAAUGAUAGAAUAGUAGAGUUGAAAGGGACCCCGAGGGUCAUCUCGUCCAAUCCCCUACAAUAUAGCUAGUGCCCAGGCUUGCCAUACGUCAGGACAAUUCCUGACAUGUCCCGGUUUUGGGGUGUAAAAAUGACGUCAGGGGGGGAUUUUUGAUGAACUGGCAAAAUGUCAGGGGAAACCCAGGUGUAUGGCAAUGCGGAAACAGCUCCGAAAGCUUCAACGUCAGUACGUUAUUGGGCGAGGUUUCACUCAAAAGUUUGGGUUUGUCCGCAUAAAAAGCUCAACAAUUUGGCUGGUUUCCUAAAGAAAGCUCAGCAACUUUGUGGAUGUCGUGAAUGCCAGGAAUUUUACUUUCUGAAAUAUGGCAACCCUACUAGUGCCUAUCCAGGGCAAAUGCACGUGGCUGCCAGGUAAUAAGAAGGGCCAGGGAGGUGGGAUUGUCCAGCUACCAGCCUCAAAAUUUUACCCUGGUUGCCUCUGGGGUUUCUGGGCUAGUUCUUUGUCAUGGUUUGCAAAGUCCUUGAUGGUUUGGGCCCCAAAUAUCUGCAGGGCUCCCACCCCAGCUCCAUGGGUAGGCAAACUAAGGCCCGGGGGCCAAAUCCGGCCCAGUCGCCUUCUAAAUCCAGCCCGCGGACGGUCCGGGAAUCAGCGUGUUUGUACAUGAGUAGAAUGUGUCCUUUUAUUUAAAAUGCAUCUCUGGGUUAUUUGUGGGGCAUAGGAAUUCGUUCUCCCCCCCAAAAAAAAAUAGUCCGGCCCCCCACAAGGUCUGAGGGACAGUGGACCGGCCCCCUGCUGGAAAAGUUUGCUGACCCCUGCUCUGGAAUGAUCCCACCUCUCUUCUGCAUUUGAAACAGACCUCUUCAAAUAUCUGAAGGGCUGUCACAUGCGAGAUGGAGAAAGUCUGUUUUCUGUUGCUCCAGAGGAGAGGACCCAAACCAGUGGAUUCAAAUGGCAAAGAAAUGAGAUUCUGACUAAACGUUAGGAAAAACUCUCUGACAGCAGGAGCUGUUCGACAGCGGAACGGACUUCCCUGGAAGUUGGUGGACUCUCCUUCCUUGGCGGUUUAUAAAGAGUUCAAUGGCCACCUCUUGUGGAUUCUUUAGAUGUGCUUCCUGCAUUGCUGGGGGUUGGCCUGGAUUACCUUUGGGGGUCCCUUCCAACUCAACAGUUCUAUGAGUCUAUGAAAAAAGGGCUGGAAUCAGCCAGUUGAGGCUGUGUCUUUUGCCUUCAGUUCUUCUUCUCUCCCCCCCCCCCCCCCCAGCGAUGGCGAUGCCUCCUUCCGGAAAUGAUGAUGGGCUCCCUUGCAAAGGCAGGGAUACCGGGGCUUGGCCCCCCCAGCAGGGUUAGUUCUGCCCAUCAGGGGUUCCAUCUAAUAGCAGCAGCGUGGCUUUUUUUGCAGGGAAAGGAGAGAAAGAGAUAUCCAUUUGGGGGAUGAGUCAUCCAGCGAGCAGCUCCACAAGCCGCCGCCCUCCCCUUCUUCUUCUUGCCUGUUUUGAAUUCCCAGGGGAGGGCGGAGGUGAGCCUGGAGCCUGAGCUAAUCGCCACAGCAGGGAACGCUUUUCCCUCUCAGGGGAAAGGAAGGAGGAGCAGGAGGCAGAAGCCUCUCAUCCCAGUCCACCUUCUUGAGGAAGGAGGGCUUUUAGCAUUUCAAAGGAACUAGGAGGCUUUUUGAGGAGAGAGAGCAAUCCUGAGUGCCUAAUGGAAGGUUUCAUCUCAGGUGUCCAUGCACAAUUUGGUUUGGUACCGUGAGGGAGAGAGAGAGAGAGAGAGAGAGAGAGAGAGAGAGAGAGAGAGGCAGUGGUGGUGUAGUGGUUAGAGCGCCAGACUAAGACCUGGGAGAGACCAGGGUUCAAAUCCCCACUCGGCCACGAAACUCACUUCGUGGCCUUGGGGGCCAGUCACUGCCUCUCAGCCUAACCUACCUCACAGGGCUGUUGUGGGGAUAAAAUGGGGAAAGAACCAUGGGCCCCACUUUGCUCUUCUUGGAGAAAAAGGUGGGAUAGAAAUAUAAUGAUGAAGAAUGCCACACGUGGGCUAGCCCUCCUCCUCUGCAGACCCAAUCUUUGUGGCUUAGGGCCUAGAACGUGCCUUCCCCACUUCUUCAAUGUGCCUGGACCAUCAUCAAAUCAUAGAACCGAAGAGUUGGAAAGCACCCCAAAGGCCAUCUAGUCCAACCCCUUGCAAUGCAGAAACCACAGCUAAAGAAUCCCCGACAGGUGGCUGCCUAAGCUCUGUUUAAAAACCUCCAAGGAAGGACAGUCCACCGCCUUUCCAUGUGGCCCGUUCCACUCUCGAACAGCUUACAGCCAGAAAGCUUUAAUCAGAAUCUCCUUUCUAGCAAUAUGAAUUCAUUGGUUCAGGUUCCCCUCCUCAGGAGCAGAGGGAAGCAAGCUUUCUCCAUCUUCCCAAGGACAGCCCUUCAGAUAUUUGAAGGUGGCUGUCGUAUCACCUCUCGGUCUCCUCUUCUCCAGGCUAAACAUCCCCAACUCCCUCAACUGUUCCUCAUCAGGCAUGGUUUCCAGACCCUUGGCUAUCUUGCUUGCCCUCCUCAACACACUUUCUAGCUUGUCAAUACAGUGGUGCCCCGCAAGACGAAUGCCUCGCAAGACGGAAAAACCGCUAGACGAAAGGGUUUUCCGUUUUGAAGUUGCUUCGCAGGACGAAUUCCCCUAUGGGCUUGCUUCGCAAGACGAAAAUACCUUUCGAGUCUUGAGAUUUUUUUGUCGCUUUUCCACAACUGUAUCUAAUCUGCUAAGCCUUUAAUAGCCUUUAAUAGCCUUUUAGCAGCUAAUCCCUAAGCCUUUAAGCCUUUAAUAGCCGCUAAACAGCUGAUAGCGCUAAUAGCGCUAAUCCGUCAAUGGGCUUGCUUCGCAAGACGAAAAAACCGCUAGACGAAGACUCUUGCGGAACGGAUUAAUUUCGUCUUGCGAGGCACCACUGUAUCCUCCUUAAAUUACAAUGCUCAGGACUAGACACAGGACUCCAGCUGUGGUCUGUCCAAGGCAGAAUAGAAAGCACAUCAAAGUGCAAGUAGAUAAAUAGGUACCGCUGCAGCGGGAAGGUAAACAGCGUUUCCGUGGGCUGCUCUGGCUCGCCAGAAGCGGCUUAGUCAUGCUGGCCACAUGACCCGGAAGCUGUAUGCCGGCUCCCUUGGCCUAUAGAGCGAGAUGAGUGCCGCAACCCCAGAGUCAUCUGCCACUGGAUUUAACAGUCAGGGGUCCCUUUACCUUUACCUUUAUAAUCCCCCUCUGUUCCCACCCCCUUCCUUCAGCUCUGUCUGACAGUUGGAUGCAGGGAGAAGAGAGUGUUAUGGUUGCCUAGCAACCAGAGGGAUGGUGGUGGUCUUCCUUUGCUUUCCUGGCAUCUCCUGUGCCCAUCUGGUUUGCAGGUAAGCAAACGCUCCUCCACCCCAGCCUCUCUUCUCACACAAAGUUCCGCCACCCCUGCUGUGGUCAAAAGACAGAAGUGAGGCCAAAGCUGAGGCUGAACGCUUGAAGUUUCAGGACAGGUAAAAGAAAGUUAUUCAUGCAGCACAUACUUAAACUAUGGAACUCCCUCCCACAGGAGUUGGCCACCAACUUGGAUGGAUUGAAAAGAGAAUUGAACAAAUUAACGGAGGAGGUGGGGGCUAUUGAUGGCUACUAGCUAUGAUGGCUAUGCUCAACCUCCACGGUCAGAGGCAGCAGUUGGGAAUCACAAGAAGGGAGAGUGCUGCUCUUGGGCUCAAGUCCUGCUUGUGGGUUUUCCACAGACAUUCUGGGUGGCCAAUGUGAGAGCAGGAUGCUGGACUAGAUGGGGUGCUGGACUGAUCUAUCAGCCAGGCUAUUCUUAGGUUUUUAAAGGCCACCCAAACAGGGCAACUGUUUCUCUAAUUGCUCUAGCAGAAGAACAGUCAAGCCUUCACUGUGUGGUUAGCAUAAAAGUCCGCUCAGGUCAGCUGUUGUGUCAGAGGAGACCCCGCUCGCCAGACUCUCUUCUGAGCUGAUAGGGAGUUUUGCAUACAUAACAACUAUUAUUAUUAUUAUUAUUAUUAUUAAAGAUUUUGUUGAUUUACAAAAGUGUGUGCAAUGUCUCAUUUUUCCCCCUCCAUGUAAAAUUUUUACAAAUAAUAAUAAUAAUAAUAUAUUAUUUAUACCCCGCCCAUCUAGCUGGGUUUCCGCAUACCGAUGAACACCCAGCCCAAACCCCCUGAUGAUCUAUCUCAGCGGCUGCAUGUAGAUGUUGAAAAGCAUGGGGGAGAGGACAGAACCCUGAGGCACCCCACAAGUAAGAGCCCAGGGGUCUGAACACUCAUCCCCCCCACCACUUUCUGAACAUGACCCAGGAGGAAGGAGCAGAACCACUGUAUAACAGUGCCCCCAGCUCCCAGCCCCUCUAGACGGUCCAGAAGGAUGUUAUGGUCGAUGGUGUCAAAAGCCGCUGAGAGAUCCAGCAGAACUAGGAAACAGCUCUCACCUUUGUCCCUAGCCUGCCGGAAAUCAGUUUUGUUUGUUGAGACGUUAGGAAGAAAAGGGGGAAAGAGGUGGGGGGGGGGAAGAUGGGGGGGUCGAGUGGCGAUGUUUCUAUUUUACUUACUCUAUGUAGGGUUUGGCAUCAGCGUUGCUUGUGCAGAUUCUUUGCUGUUCACUUGUGUUCCUUUGGUGGUGAGAGAGGUUGGGGUUGGCCUAGGGUGUGGUUAUUCAUUUACGGUUGGCUGUGGUGGUCUUUGUUUUCGUGUGUGUGGGGGUGUGUGUUUUGGAUCAGGUUAGCCAUAUUGAUUUGUAUGCCGUUGGUGGAUUUUUGUCAUCGUACAUAACAGCUUUUAUGACAAAGUUAUUACAACCUGGUUAAUAAGACACUGCAAGAAGUUAGCUUUGCAAGAAAAACACAGGAUAAUAGCAUUGCCAGUCAAACAUUCCGGACUCCCAUUCAAAUAUUCAUCCUCUUUCUUUUGUUGAGUUUCUUCUCUCUCUUUUUUGCACACUCCAAAGGAGACAUGGUCUUAAGAUAGAAAUAGGCUGAGGCCAUAAUAGAGUCCAGGUUUCUUGGUGAUCAGAGACACAGACAUUCUGCUUCCACACUGCAAGGGCUCCCUUACCCCCUACAGAUGGGGGGCUGAAGCUGGCAUUGGCUUUCGAGGCUGGGGAAUGCAGAGGGCAAGCGGGCGGUUCAAAGGAGCACUGCUGGGAGGGAGGCUUAAACAUUUAUCCUCAUCAGGUGCAGCACUCAAUUAGUCGAGGCUUCGUCAGCUUAAUUUGAAGGGGCUCCGUGUGUGUCUGGGAACACUUAAGGCUAAGUGGACUUUAUUCAAUGGAGCCAAGCGAUUAAGCUGUGCCUGCCAGGCAAAACGGUCGAGAUAUUGGAUCCAUGACUGCCGCAUUCAUUAGCCAUAAUUAGACAACUUGCAUUUAUAAAAUCCUAUAGCCAUUAAGUGGGCUUAUCAGGAGGAGUGGGAACAGUGAGGCUGUCGAAGGAGGAAGGCUACCUAAUGGCUUGCCUGGCUGUGCCAAUAAUGGCAUGGGGGCUUCUUGGGGGAGUUUUCAGAUUUCCCCUUGCAUCUGCUGAGUCUCUGAGCGCAAACAGGAUGUUUGUUUGGUCUGUUCCAGUUGCAGGGCUCUUCUUAGUUUCUUAGGAUUGCUAAAUGGAGCUUCCAUGGACAGAGCCGGUCUACCUUAGAAUGGUGGAGAACAAGACUGGGUUUCCCAUUUGGCCACUGUGAGGGCAGGAUCCAUCAGGCUCUUCCUAUGGUCUUAGGACAGGCUCUGAGUCAUGUCUGAUCCACUGAAGGAGGUGGUAACUGAAAUGUUUUUCUCCCAGAGUGUCAUAUAUCUGCCUUGUUAGUCAUCUUACUUAAUCUACAAGCAUUUUUACCUCUUAGCUAAAGAGACUCCUCCAGUGAUUUGCAAGAAUCAUGCAUUGCAAGCCACCAGAGGGCUUUUAAAGUCUUGCACAGAUACACACCUAAUAAAUUCUAAGCAGGAAUGAGCACUGUUGGCCGUUUCCAGAGAAUUCUGACUUGCCACAGUGUUUGCACACAAGGGGUGAGUUGUUGGCUGUGGAGAUGAUAAAAGAUUCAUCUUCUUGGCGGCUCUUGCUGCUUUCCAUCACUGAUGAUUGUGCUUAUUGUAUGAGUAAUGAUUUGCCCCUUGUUUAUUUCUUUGGGUGCCUGACGUUUGGGCUGGAAACCAAACUUCCAAAUCAUAUACAUUAAUAGAGGAGAAGCCAGCUUGGGGUUUGAGUUUCUAGCUGUCUGUAUUGUUUGUUGCAUUUAUCUCCCAACUUUUUCUCCAAGGAGCUCAAGGUGGCAUACAUAGUUUGUCCUCCCUCCUCAUUUAAUCUUCACAACAACCCUGUGAGAUAGGCUAGUCUGAGAGGUGGUGACUGGCCCAUGGUCACUCCAUGAGCUUCAGAAUUGCUUCCAAACUCUGCCCCUCCCCUGGGCUGCCUUCCUUUUCUGGGAUGAAUGUAUAGAACAGAUGCAGAGCCUGCUGGAUCAGGCCUAUGGCCCAUCUUAGCCCAGUAUCCUGUCCUUACAUUGGCCUAUUGGGGGAAAUCGGCAAGUAGGAUCCGAACACAAAAGCCCUUUCCAGCAACUGGUAUUCAGAUGCAUGGCUGCAGAGCAAAGCCAUCAUGGCUAGUAUCCAUCAAUAGCCCUCUGCUCCCUCUGCUGGGAGCCAGCGUGUGUAGUGGUUAAGAGCGGUGGACUCGUAAUCUGGUGAACCAGGUUCGAUUCCCCGCUCCUCCACAUGCAGCUGCUGGGUGACCUUGGGCUAGUCACACUUCUCUGAAGUCUCUCAGCCUCACUCACCUCACAGAGUGUUUGUGGUGAGGGAGGAAGGGAAAGGAGAUUGCUAGCUGCUUUGAGACUCCUUAAGGGGAGUGAAAGGCGGGGUAUCAAGUCCAAACUCUUCUUCUCUUCUUCUUCCUCCAUGAAUCUGUCUAAUCCUUUUUAAAAUCAGUCCAAGUUGGGAGCCAUUAUGCCUUCCUAUGAUAGUGAGUUCCACAUUUUAACUCUGUGCUGCAUGAGGAAGAGCUUUCUUCUUAUAUCUGUCCUAAAUCUUCCAGUGAUAUUAUCUGGACAUGGUGGGCACUCUCAGGUGUCAAUAAGUGAUGAAAUGGUAGCAGUUUUGCUCAGUUGAUUGAUAGGUAAAUCUGUAUAUAUGAAAAAUGGGGGGAGGGGAAUCCACCUAGUCCAGAAGUGAAAAAAGUGUCCUUGGGGGAUGAAGGGUUGUUUUGGAUAAGGGGUGCCUUAUUGUCCUCACAUGUUCAUGAUUAUUAUGUGAGCAUUUACACCCCUGUGUUCAGCCAACAAGACUCCCAGAGUGGCUUACGUACAGUCACUUAAAACAAAGCAAUCCCAUUCUCCACAGGUUUGCUAUAUAAGAAAAUACAACUUGCAAGGGAAAAGGCACAGGAAGGGCAGAGGGGGAAAAACAACAACUUGGGUACCAAUUCUUAAACAGCUGCUCUCAUGUGGGUGGGUGAGCAGGAUCCUGCCUUUCAUAUGGUGCUUGAUGUUGGCCGUUUCUGUAAGUCCUUGUAUGAAAAUAAGUUUAAUUUCACCAGGCUGAUUAAUCGGGAGCACUUUUCAUAGCGGAGCAAAAUGUUUUGUUUUGACUCCAGCGUUGCAGCCAAAAAUCUGUUCACUCGUCUCACUUUUCUCUGCUUGUUUGUUUGUCUGUCUCCUUCUGCAGCUGAUUUACGCCGGUUCAGCGCCCAGUGGCCCAUGCACGGGAUCCUGACUGACUCCGUGGAGAGCUCCGAUGAUGAGUUCUUUGAUGCACGAGGUUGGUGUUCAUUAUGCCUACUGCCAGGCAUCCAAAGGGUCUCUCAGGGCAUUGUCCCCUUGCUCCAUUUCCUAGAGGCCUUCGGUGCUUCCCCUGUCGGGUUCCUCUUGGACAUCCUCUGCUGCCUUAGGCUGAGUCAGGCCACUGGUCCAUCCAGGUCAACAUUAUUAUAAAUGAAAAUAAUAGAAGUAGAAAUACUAAAAAAAACCCAACCCAAAGCAAAACAGUGUGGUAUAUCUGGUCAGUGCAGUGCUUAAGACCAUUAGGAAAGUCAAUUUUCACAUUGUGCUGUGGAAAGGGAGUCCUGUGUGACUGUAUUUCAUAGAAUCAUGGAAUUGUGGAACUGGAAGGGACCAUGAGGGUCCAACCCCCUGCAAUGCAGAAAUUGCAGCUAGAAUCCUUGAGAGGUGACCAUCCAAACUUUGUUGACAAACUUCCAGUGAAUGAGAGUCUACUAUCCUCCAAGGGAGUUCGUUUCACUGUUGAACAGUUCUUCCUAAUGUGUAGUCAGAAUCUCCUUUCUUAUCAUUUGACUCCAUCAGGCCCUCCCCUUUGGAGAAAACAAGCUGGCUCCUUCUUCCCAUGUGACAGCCCUUCAGGUAUUUGAAGAUAGUUCUCAUGUCACCUCUUGGUCUUCUCCAGGCUAAACAUCCACAGCUCCCUCAACUGUUCCUCAUAAGGCUUGGUUUCCAGGUCCUUGAGCCUGCUGGUCUCCCUCCUCUGCACAUCUUCCAGCUUGUCAAUGUCCUUUUAAAACUGUGGUGCCCAGAACUGGCCGCAGGACUCCAGGGGUCGUCUGACCAAGGCAGAAUGCAGUGGUACUAUGAUUUCCCUUGAUCUAGACACUAGAUUUCUGUUGUUGCAGCCUAAAAUAGCAUUAGCUCUUCUUUUUUUUUAGUGCUCCAUCACACCACUGACUCAUGUUAAGCUUGUGGUAGACUAAGACCCCUAGAUGUUUUCUGCAUGUACUGAUGUGAGAAGCCUUGAGGCCUUGUGAGUGUCUGUGUUGGUGGGGGGAGCUUUCCUUCCUUGGCUAUCAGACAUGUCCAUUGUGCAAAGAAGACUCCAGAAUGAGGAGCCUAUCUGGUGCUCUUCCCCUUCUCUCUCCCCACCUCUUGGGAAGGCAAAAUGCCCCCACUCCAAAAAGCCGUUCUGCAGCCUUAAAGUCCUUCCUUCUCACGGCAGCUCUUUUGAGGCUGCCCUUGCCAAACGUCCCACUGCUAUUUCUGGAAUUGCUCAACAACAUCUAUAAUUUAAAAGCACCGAUGGCAUCUUCCCUAGGCAGAUGCCUGAACAGAGGCCCACCCAGGCUUUCCAUGGAAACUAGAAGUACACAGUGACAGGAAUGCUGUCAAUAUUUUGAUGUUUCAAAAGACUCUUUUCCGUCAAAUAUUAUUAUUACAGUUCAUCAGUGGAAGACAGUAAUAGUUGCAUUAAUAAGGACUGGGUGUGAUGCAGGUUUCCAGUCAAAUUUUAUUAUUUGAUAAGGGAGGACAAAUGUCUUAAUCUGGAAUAAAUGCCAGUGGGGGAGACAGUUGUGUGUGCAGCCCCCAGACACACACACACACACACACACACACACGGAUUACAUCUCUGGUGUAAGGUAAAGGUAAAGGUAAAGGGACCCCUGACCAUUAGGUCCAGUCGUGACCGACUCUGGGGUUGCGGCGCUCAUCUCGUUUUAUAGCCUGAGGGAGCCGGCAUACAGCUUCCAGGUCAUGUGGCCAUCAUGACUAAGCCGCUUCUGGCAAACCAGAGCAGCACACGGAAAUGCUGUUUACCUUCCCGUCGGAGUGGUACCUAUUUAUCUACUUGCACUUUGACGUGCUUUUGAACUGCUAGGUUGGCAGGAGCAGGGACCGAGCAAUGGGAGCUUACCCCGUUGCAGGGAUUCGAACCACUGACCUUCUGAUCGGCAAGCCCUAGGCCCACAGUGCCACCCACGUCUGGUCCUAUUGAUGGCUACAAGCCGGGAUGGCUAUGCUCUACAGCCACAUGCUUCUGAAUGCCAGUUGCUGGUGUGAUAAGAGUUUUAAGGUCUUAGGGCAGAUUUUGUUUACAACACUGGAAACCACAGGAGGGGAGAGGGCUCUAGUGCUCAGGUCCUGUUUGUCGGGUUUCCCAGAAGAGGCACCUGGCUGGCUGGCUGCUGUGAGAAUAGGAAGCAGAUGGAGAUAGGCCAUUGGCCUGUUCCAGCCGGUUCAACUUACAUUCUUUCUUACAAUUACAGGCUGCUUCCAAAUUGGGUCUUGGCUGUGAAACACCCAUGCUGUGUUCACUCAGUUUUUGUGGGGCAUCUGCAUGACUCCUAGGAGCUGAGGCAGUUUUGGCCCCCUGAAUACAUUUUUUUUUGAGGGGACUGGGCUGCUUCAAUAUUCAGAGGAUGACGCACGUUGUCAGGACAUCGUGCAACGUUGCAUGUGUGAUGUCAGGACGUGCGAUGUGCCGGUCCCCCCGAUCCUCUGGAGAAGCUGGUGACACUUUGAAGAAAAUGCCAUUUUUUCAGGUUCUUCCUGUUCUCCCCCCACCCCAGAGGAUAAGACUGUCAACAACCACUAGCCAUGAUGGUCGUGCUCUGUCUCCGCGGUCGGAGGCAGGAUUGCUCCUGGUUGUAUGAUUCCCCAGUGGCGCCUCCGUUGAAUGAAGGGACUCUUUGGAAAGUGUUGUAAACAAAAAUCUGCCCUUUUCCCCUUAUGGGGUAUCCAAGAGCCCAUAUAGAGUCCUUACAUAGGUUCCCUAUAAGACCUCAAAAUUCCUAUCACAAGAGCCUUAUAGCAGGGGGUCCCAACUCACCCAGCCUCCUGUCCUCAAUAGUAGACAACCAGACGCCCCCAAGGGAAACCUGCAAGCAGACUGAUAUUUGAGCAAAUGAAACAACCAUUGCAUUUCUUUUCUCAAGGAGGCCUCGAGCUCCUUGCAACAGGUCUAGCUGUUGUCCUUGGGUGCUGGAGCCCACCUGCCUUCUGUUUUUCUUCUUCUUCUUCUGAAUUUGCAGCUGCAUGAGAUUGGAAGGAAAAGGGGUUCCCGAGUCCUCAUCCCUUUUCUGCCUUCCUUGCUGCUGACUCUUGAGCGGCGAACACAAAGGGCCUAGAGGGGUUCCGCUUCCAAAGUGGCACUUUCUGGCUUCAAAACACCUGAUCGGAUGUGCAGACAUUUGCCUCCUUUUAAAAUCUUCCCCAAGUGUUGGGAAGGGAGGGGGAUCCGCCAUCCAUAUUCAUGAAUGCAAUGGCUGAGAUGGUGAUAAUUGCAGCAGGAAGGAAAUGCUUUGGGCUUGGUAGAAAAACCACCCAACGGAGGAGUCAGAGAUUUGCCUGGGAUGAGGCUGCCUUUCCGCAUUGUUGCCUCUUGGAGGCAAGCCAGGCCCAGGAUGACGAAGACAAUUAACCGGGGAUUUUUCUUGUUGUGUUUCGUUAUGUAAAUAGCAUCUUUGGAGAAGCCUGAGCUGCUGGGCGGUGGGGGGGGGGCAGCAUGGUGGUGGGGAGAAGUUAAACUCUCCUUCUCCCAGCCAUGGGUCUGACAAAUACCCUCUCAGAAGCUGUUAUUUACCUGUCAAUGAAACCUUUCAUUGGCACCAAUAGAGGAGGAAUAAUAGAACCAGUGAAUUGUUGAGUUCAAAGGGACAACAGCAUACCCUCCAACAUUUCUCUGAUGAAAAUAGGGACAUCCUAUUCCAUAAUGAUGGUGAUGAUGAUGAUGAUGAUGAUGAUAAUAAAUAAAUAAAUAAAUAAAUAAUUCUCUGGGUAGCUUCCAACACACAAAAACAUAAUAAAACUAUAUAGGGCUUCUAAAGGUUAAACCAUAGAGCCUAGGGCUUGCCGAUCAGAAGGUUGGCGGUUCAAAUCCCCACGACGGGGUGAGCUCCCAUUGCUCGGUCCCUGCUCCUGCCAACCUAGCAGUUUGAAAGCAUGUCAAAGUGCAAGUAGAUAAAUAGGUACCAUUCCAGCGGGAAGGUAAACAGCGCUUCCGUGCGCUGCUCUGGUUUGCCGGAAGCGGCUUAGUCAUGCUGGCCACAUGACCUGGAAGCUGUACGCUGGCUCCCUCGGCCAAUAAAGCGAGAUAAGCGCCGCAAUCCCAGAGUUGUCCGGUACUGGACCUAAUGGUUAGGGGUCCCUUUACCUCUACCUUAAAGGUUGUAUAGUUAUCUCCUUGGGUCUGGGGUCACAUAACUCCUUACCCUCCAACAUAUCUCCCAUGAAAAUAGGGACAUCCUACCAUACGCUCCAACAUUUCUCCUUAGGGACGUCCUAAGGAAAAGCAGGACCUUCUAGGAUCAAAUCAAAAACUGAGAUGGCUUCUGUAAAUUCAGGAUGUCCCUGGAAAAUAGGGACACUUGGAGAGUCUACCACAGAAGUCAUCUAGUUCAGCCCCCUGCAAUGCAGGAAUUGCAGCUAAAGAAUCACUGACAGAUGCCAUCAAACCUCACCUUAGAAACCUCCAAUGAAGGAGAGUCCACACAUUCAUUGGGAGUCUGCUGUCGAAUGGCUUAUACCCCCAGAAAGUUCUUUCUAAUAUUUAGUCAGAAUAACCUUCUUGUUAUUUGAAUCCAGCAAUUAGGGUCCUGUCCCCUGCAGCAGCACAAAACAAGCUAGCUCCAUCUUCCAUGUAGCAACCUUGCGGUAUUUGAAGAUGGCUCUGAUAUCACCUCUCAGUUUCUCUUCUCCAGGCUAAACUUGCGCAACUCCCUCAACCAUCAGUGUGUUGUAAACUUGCCUCCUCAGUGUAUCAGUCUAAAUUGCAGUUUGCACACAAUUGAUGGUAGCAGCCUUGAACUUCAAUAAAGGGGGAUAGAGAUCUAUUUAUUUUUAAUUCAGGGGAAUGCGUCUAUCUUACUUAAUCCUCUAUUAACAUCGCCGUCUCUUACAAAUUGCACUGAAGUUCAGCCAAGAAUACCCACUACAAUUAACCCAGAACAGUGAAACGUACAAAUGAUAACACGACCUGUAACAAAUAUCCUCAGAGAAAGAUUUUGUAUUUUAUUACCUGUGUUGUUUUAAUUAGGGGUAAGGUGCAUUGAGUCCUGGUCUGGGAAAACAAUGGGGUAAUAAUAACAAUAACAAUAACAAUAACAAUAACAAUAAUAAUAGUGCUUCUUCCCCCAAAGCAUGGCUGCCCAUGUGAAUGCCUUGUGAGUGGCACCCAGCUCUGUGCCAGCCUUGCCAUGUGGCAUCCUCUCUCUAGCGCUGCAGGGCUAACAUCCUAAGGGGUGUUGUGAAGGAGACACAGUGGGUGUCUGGGCCUCCUGUUUAUUUAUUUAUUUCAUAAAAUUCACUCACCGCUAGCUUGCAAGAAGAACUUCAGAUUCAUUUACGAAAAACAGGUAAAACCAUGAAGUUAUCAGUGAGAAAAAUAAACAGCAAUAAUUCAGAGCAUUCAAAAAGUUAAAAUAACAACAGGCUGACAAGAGAUAAGAGACUCACACUGGCUUUCUAAAUAUCUGGGUAUGUGUGUGUCUUAAAAAGAACCCUUUUAGCAGGCACCAAAAAAACCCACCCCAAAAACAAUGAAGGCACCUUCUUGACGUCAAUAGGCAAGGAGUUCCAAAGUGUAGGUGCUGCCACACUGAAAGAUGGAUGGAUUUCUUACACAUGCUGAACGGGUAUAAUGUGGUACCCAUAGCAGUGCCAGUUCCACCAACUGAAGUGGUUGAGUCAGCAUAUAUAAGGCAUAAGGUGAUCUCUUGAGUAAAGUGGUCCCAAAUUGUUAAGGGCUCUAUAUAAUAAUAGUGUUUUACACAUGCAGGGGAUGCGGUGAUGCUCUUGCUGUACUCUUGCAAAGGAUCCUGGAGGAAGAAAUUUAAGGAAUAUUUAUUAAAAUACAAUAAUAUAAUAUAUAUAAUUAUUAUUAUUAUUAUUAUUAUUAUUAUUAUAUAAGAGGAAAUACUUGCAAGUGCUAAAUUUGGUUUAGGAUUAAAUUAUGUUGAAAGUAUAAGAUGAUGGAUUGAGAAUAUUAUGAAAAGAAAGGAAGUUAGUAAUCUGAACAAGUUAACAUUAUUAGAAGUGGAUACUGGAAAAUUGCUAAAAUGAAAUUUAAUGGAAAUCAGUCAGGAAGGAUUUGAGGAAGUCACCUAAAAUGGAUUGAAUUUGGAUUUUUAACGCUAAGAAAUUUUGAAUGUAUGUUUGUUUGUGUGUGUAUAUAUAUAUAUAGAUAUAUAUAUAUAUGUUUGUUAUUUGCUCGUUAUUUUGUGUUGUGUUAAAAAUAGAAAACUAAUAAAAAAAUUGGGGAGGGGGGAAGGAUCCCGGAGGAGACCCUCCACUUUCUGACCCUGUGGCCAGGUCAUGCAUCCCCACCACACCUGCUUUAGUCUCAGUGAAGCCGUCCUGGCUCUGGUAUCUGUGCCAUUGUGCUGAAAUGUGAUGCCGUUUUCUCUCGCUGCAGAGGAGGUGGCGGAAGGGAAGAGCGCGAUUCUCCUGGGGAUGAGCCAGUGGAACUCCAACGACCUGGUGGAGCAGAUUGAGACCAUUGGGAAGCUGGAGGAGAACCAAGGUAACAUUGAGUCACAUGCAAUGCCCUAUCUCUGCCCCCAGGGUUGGAAAAGUUUCAGAAAAGGGGGCGAUCAAGGGGAUGGAGCGACUCCCCUAAGAGAAAAGGCUGCAGCGUCUUUUCAGUUUGGUGAAAGGGCAAGUAAGUGGCGACGUGAUAGAAGUUUAUAAAAUUCUGCAUGGCGUGGAAGAAGUAGACAGAGAAAAGUUUUCCUCCAUCUCUUUUAACACUAGAACUCAUGGCCAUGCAAUGAAGCAGAAAGUUGUGAGUUUCAGGGCAGAUAAAAGGGAAGGAGUUCUUCCUGCAGCGCAGAGUUAAACUAUGGAACUCCCUGCCACAGGAGGCAGUGGUGGCCACGAAAUUGGAUGGCUUCAAAAGAGGGUUGGACAAGUUCACUGAGGACAAUAAGGUCAUCAGUGGCUACUAGAGAUGAUCUGGUCAUGGAGAUUAUGGAGAUGGAGGGUCUAUUGAUGGCUACCAGCCAUGGUGGCUAUGCUCUGCCUACACAGCAGGAGGCAGUAAUGCUUCUGGGUACCAGUUGGGUACCAGUUGCUGCUUGUGGGUUUCACACAGGCUUCUGGGUGGCUGCUGUGAGGACAGGAUGCUGGACUAGGUGGGCCUGAUCUAGUAGAGUCCAGGAAGGCUAUUCUCAUGCUCUUAACACCUGGAGGGUCCCCAGUUGGCAAACACUGCUCUCAUUCUCUAUAGCAAUUGGGAGCCCAGUUUGAUGCUGAUGCUGCUCUGUUGCCCGGCGACCAAGGUGGCGUGACGCUCUUUUGCAGCGGCUCCCUGCUCCUCAUAGCUGAGGCUCUAGACCAGCCUCUGCAACCUGCCUAUGAUUGCAGAUCACAGCUCCCCACGCAACAAAUCAACUCUCAAAGGCUUCCAGCUACAAUCUUGCCCCUUGUCUUCCCCUUACCUGCUUCACACCUGCCAGCCCUUCCUAAUGUUUAGUCAGAAUCUCCUUCCUUGUCAUUUGAAUCCGUUGGUUUGGGUCCUCCCCUCUGGAGCAGCAGAAAACAAAGUUGCUCCAUCUUCCUUGUGGAAGCCCUUCAGAUAUUUGAAGAUGGCUUUAUUACGUCACCUCUCAGGCUUCUCUUCUUCAGGUUUAACAUCCCUAAACUCCCUCCACCAUUCCUCAUCAGGUUUGGUUUCCAGACCCAUGGCAAUCUUUGUCAAUUAGCUUAGCAUUAGAUAUCUUUUCCAAGUGAUGCACUUCCGAUAAUAAGCUGCUUUGCUGUUUUCUUGCUCUACAAGCCCCUGUCUGUGUGAAUCAACAGAUUAGUACCCUAACACAAAUUCUGUGCACACUAAAGACCUCCAAUCAGUUUUUGGGCUCUGUUUCAAUAUGCUGGAGAGAGUAGCAUUUGCUGCUCUCUUGUCACUGCUUGGGGUUCUUGUUCCUCCUCCUGCUGGCAUGUUUGUUAGCUGACUGUCAUGGGUUCUGCACAGGCCAGGCAGCAUCUUCAAGGCUGCUAAACAGAUAAUUAGUGGGUAUGUGUGUGUUGGGGGGGGGGAGUGUGAUCUGUUUCACGCUGCCCUUGAUGAUGGCCAGGAUCAAGUGCUUCCCUGCUAAUUUAUCUCAAUCAAGACUGGAUGAUUCAUAGGCUUUCCUUUUUUUCUUUGCUGAGAAAAGACGGUUUCUCUGCAUCCCAAGCUUUUCUCGCCUCUUGACAGCAGGCAAGGUGGGGCAUGGGGGAAGCAGAUUAAUCUGACAAGGAACAGAGCCAUUUAGCGGGGAAUGACAGGGCUGAGAACCUCAGAUCUGGCUUCCCUCUGGGAGUUGUGUCGUCAUUGCAGUGCAAGCCUCUUAGGGAAUGAAGCCUGCAAAUGGUGCAUUUAUCUCUCUUUUGUGUCCCAUCAUGUGUAGGUUGUGUAAUAGCCUAUCAAGUCUUAAAUCUGGCUGUGAGGUGGAGCAGGAUUUUGUUCAAUCUUAAAUCUGGCUCUUACAUCUGGAUCUUAAACUGGGCUACGAGGUGAAGCAGGUUCAUACUGGCUUUGGAUUCUAAGGACCGGAAUUUGGUGCCCUUCUUGCUCAUAGAGCAGAACAGGGCUGCCUGGGGUCCAACAAGCAUCUCCCAGCCUAAUUGAUCUUCCAGCUUGCCAUAGGGUGAGGGUGUCUUACUCUCUGAGAAUGUCAGCCUUCCCUACUCCUGUCAAUCUGGGGCAGCACCCUUUCCAUCCUUAGAUACCCACAAGGUGGAAUUGCCUACCAAAGACUAGAUAAUAUUGUGACAUUUCUGCUGGAGACGUUGUGUGUGGCAGUAGGGAACUCUCUGCUUGCUGCUAACAGAGCCUGGAGGAAAGCAGCAGGGGAGAGACUAAAGUGUGUGUGUGUGUGUGUGUGUGUGUGUGUGUGUGUUUGUGACUGAGUGAGUGAGUGAGUAAAUGAUAGAAUCCCUCUUUCACUUCCUCUGCUUUGCAUCCAUAACAAUGUAUCCCCCGAAUGUACAUAUUUCAUGGAUUUAUUUUAUUUUUAUUUUUUAUAGAGCAGAGACCUAAGGAAAGGUAAUUGACGCCGUCAUAAAAAAGCAUGGGGUAAUUUUUGAUGCAAAAAUUACUUUUUGCUAUUACUAAUAAUUAUGAAGCCAUACUAAUCGUUAGUGGCUCCAGUUUGGUUUAAGUGGGCUGUUUCUGGAGCGCCUCACAAUAAGAGCCCUGCUGGAUCAGGCCAGUAUCCCAACGAGCACACCUGAAUGCAUGAUAUGGGAAACACUCAUGGUCAGAGACAGGGAUGCUUCUGAAUGCCAUUUUCUGGAACUGCAGGAGGGGAAAGGUCUCUUGUGCUUGCAUCCUGAUCGCAAGUUUUCCACUGAGACAUUGGGUUGCCCACUGUGAAAAAAGGAUGCUGCAUUAGCUGGACUGCUGGCCUGAUCCAGCAGGCUCUUCUUAGGUUCUUAUGAUGAUGGCCCGUGUGGACCACCAACACUUAGUGGUGUAGUGGUUGAGAGCGGUAGUCUUGUAAUCUGGGGAACCGGGUUCGCGUCUCCGCUCCUCCACAUGCAGCUGCUGGGUGACCUUGGGCCAGUCACACUUCCUUGAAGUCUCUCAGCCCCACUCACCUCACAGAGUGUUUGUUGUGGGGGAGGAAGGGAAAGGAAAGGAGAAUGUUAGCCGCUUUGAGACUCCUUAAAGGGAGUGAAAGGCGGGAUAUAAAAUCCAAACUCUUCUUCUUCUUCUUCUUCUUCUUCUUCUUCUUCUUCUUCUUCGGGUCCUGGGACGGUUUUAAAACCACCCAAACCAGUAGCCAUCACUGUAUUUUGGAUGGGUGGUUAUCCACUUAAUUACACAUUGUGCAAUAGGGUCCCUUCUUCUGUCUCUCCUGAGCUUGUGUGGCUCUGAGCUGUCUGUUUCUACCCAUCCAUCCACCCACCCUCACUGCUUCCCAUUUGCAUCACCCUAUCUUUAUUCCUCAUGAUAAUUAGUAUAAUUGUAUGGCCUUUCAAGAGUCCCAGUGAUGCAACUGCCACAUUGGCUUGGGUGGGAGAUGGAGGUUAGUGGUGGGGGAGGCAGGAAAGUCCCUUCCUGGAGCAGCCAAGCUUUGUCAUGGGCUUGGAAGGUCAGAUUUGGAGCUUGAAACUUGGACCCAAUGUGGGUUGAAUAUAGCUCCUUAUGGAGCACUUACGGUAGCUCACCAUCAGAGGAUGAUAAGAGGAAUAACAAACAUGGGUUGGCGCUGUGUGCUCUCAGUUUAUAUCAUUUAUUAACAAUUGUGCAAUAAUCUCCCUUCCAUCUCAGUCAUAACAACCACUCUGGAGAAAUUAUCUUAAUACUCUAAACUGAAGAAUACCCUGUGGAUUUGAGCUUAAACUGUCAUGUGAAAGAUUUUCCAGGUCUGUUUUCAUGUCAUAUGGAUGACUGCAUUCACGGCUUAACAUCUGUGCAUGCAUUUGUCCUGGAAGAUGACACUUAAUGCUUGGUAAUUGUUUAAAAACCUUUCAAUAAAAUUUGUAAUAAUAAUAGUAAAGAUUUUGGAGCUUGAAAGUGUCCGGGAGGGAGAGCAAUUUGUGGCUCAGCAGAUGCAAUACAGAGGUUGUUUCCUUGUACUUCGGGCCAGGAGAUGCUAACUUUGCCCCUCUUGCUUCCCUCUGGCAGCCGAAGAUCCGUCCUUCUGCUCAUCUGGAGUCCUGCAGGAAAAACAAAGUGAGUGCUGGUGCUUUUUAAUUUUUUUUAAAAACCCUCCUCCUCCUCUUUUCCUCCAGAGGGUUCAUUCUUAUGUUUGAAUUUCAAAUGGUAACUGGGAUUAAACCCAUUGUAAUGCUCUUUUCUAAGGCCAUCUGGAGGCCAAAAUCAGAUUUUUGUUGAGCCCCUUCCUCGGGAUUAUGAAGUUGAUUAUUUAUGACUUGAAAGCCAUGUUUUGGUGGUUCUGCCUCCCCUUUGGUUUAGGGAAGUUUUUAAUGACUGAUGUUUUAAUGUAUUUUUAAUCUUUUGUUGGAAGCUGCCCAGAUGGGCAGGGUAAAAAUAUAUUAUUAUUAUUAUUAUUUACAGCCCCAGAUGCUCUUUUUGUAUGUGUGUGUGGGGGGGGGGGGGAGCCCAGGCUUGAGCAUGCACAGGCUUCAAAAGCCGCCCCCCCCCGGCACCUUCAGUUAACAAGCCUCUCAAAUAGAAAAAGUGGUCCUUGGAGUUUGUGAUGUAUGGUGUGGGGCAGGCCAUGGGGCAGGGCAGUUGCAGAUUUCAAGACUCAGUGCUCCUCCAGACAACCUGUUUAUUGGGUAUUUACCCUGAGUUGCUUAUGCAGAGGUUAAACUCUGCCUGUCCUUUAGUGAGCAUUCAUUGUGAUUUGUUUACAGGGCAGUUGUAUUAUUAUUAUUAUUAUUAUUAUUAUUAUUAUUAUUAUAGCAAUAUAAAAAACAAAUUUAUCAAAAUACAGAUAAUAGAAACAGGACAACACUGUUCAGAGUCUUUUCCUUAAAAGCAGCCCAUCUCCCAAAGCCUGCCAGAAUUAAAAAAGGGAUAACAGGGAGGGAGGGAGCCCUUUAGCUUCUCUAGGGAUGGGGUUCCAAAGUCUGGGAGCAGCCACCGAGAAGGCCCUGUCCCGUGUCUUCACCAAGCACAGUGUGCGGUUACACAUGUCAGAACAUUUUUGCACCACUUUGCUCUUGUGGCCAAAGCAGUCCUUGAAUCAUCAAAUGCCGCCCUCACUCACAUCCCAUGUCACCUUCCCUCUUAUCGUCGUACAAAGCAAAAUUCAUUACACUCAAUCCCAAAGCCAAGCUUUAUUGAUCUCUCUAACACGAAGGUCCACAGGGAGCUGAUCCGGAACAGGCUUUCUGUGGCUGCAGAGUCGGUGCCAAAGGCCUGUGCUUCUAUAAAGUGGGCAGAUUGCAGGCUGGGCAGCGCUGAUUCUGGGGGCUUUUUCCAGCUCCCACCCCCCUCGCAUGCCACUUUGCUCUCUCUCUCUCUGUCUGUCUUACAGUAACCUGUAAGCAUUUCAAUCUUCCGUCAGGUUUUUCUUUUUAAAUAUUUUUUUUUAUCACUUGCUAAUAGGAACCAUAUGCCCACAGCCGCAUGCAAGUUUAUUUCUCUUUGACAGAUUUGUUGUCAUAAACAGCCAGUAACAGUGCAACAGAUGGCAGGGAAACGGGUCUGAUUUCAUCAGGGAAUGCGAGAAUGACACGCUUUCUCCCCCCCCCUCCACCCCGGCACCGUUCGUUAGCAUCGGCUUGUUAAUUCUCAAUUGUUGGCAAUUCUUCUCCUUUUAAAAAACAAACAUAAGAAGAGCUGAAAAGGACUUUGUGAGGCACUGAGCGAUUAUUUCCCCCUUCCCACGCACCCAUACAUAAGCAGCAGCAAGAAUCUUAACCUUCAAGAACUGAGCAUUUUUGGGUAGGAUGUGUGGUUUGGAGGGACUCUUAAGAGGGCUGGCUGGAGGGGUGGGUAGGAGGGUGGAGAUGCUUUUGACUCAGGGGCUGGAUCCAGGCCUGCUGCUCUGGUCAAAUGCUUGACUACUCCUUGCAAAGCUAUCCGCCCCCCUCCCUAGGCAGCCUGCCUGCUCUGUCUCCCCUGCAGCCAUGAAGGUCUCUUACAAAUGGGCAAAUACAGGUGAAACUCAAAAAAUUAGAAUAUCGUGGAAAGUUCAUUUAUUUCAGAAAUUCAAUUUAAAAGGUGAAACUAAUACAUGAGAUUCAUGACAUGCAAAGCGAGAUAUGUCAAGCCUUUAUUUGUUAUAAUUGUGAUGAUUAUGGCGUACAGCUGAUGAAAACCUCAAAUUAACAAUCUCAGAAAGUUAUAAUAUUCUGAAGAGGUGCAGUAGCUGUUCAAUCCAUAACACCUGCAAUGGGUUCCUGUACAACCUUAAGAACAUAAGAGCCUGUUGGAUCAGGCCAAUAGCCUAUCUAGUCUGGUAUCCUUUUAUCACAGUGGCCAACACAGAUGCCUGUGGGAAACUGGCAGAAGAACACUCUCCUCUCCUGUGGUUUCCAGCAUCUGGCACUCAGACACAGUACUGCCUCUAGCCAUGGAGGCAGAACAAUAGCCAUCCUGGCUAGAAGCCAUUGAUAGCCUUAUUAUCACCCAUGAGUGUCUGAUCUUCUUUUAAAGUAACCCAAAUAGAUGACCUUCAUGGUCUCCUGUUAGAGCAAGUUCCACAGUUCCACAGUACACUUUUAUAAACUUCUAUCAUGCUGCCUUUUACUUGCCUUUUCAUCAACCUUCUUGCCUGAUGGCUCUCGGCUUCUCUGCAGCAGGCAAGACAGACAAUUAGUCCUUGUCCCCCUGUGGAGCAAUGGAUGCUUUAUGAAGCCCAGCUCCUGGGAUGGUCUGCAGCAGCAGUAGCUAGGGCUAGGAGGAGGAGCAAGGGGUGGCUGGACCCCACAAGCCUGGAAUUCCCAAACCAGAAACUCCAGAGAAGCUCUUUCUUGCAUCUGAUUCCCUUAGGAGGCUGAGCCCCCUCCCACACCAGCCCCCUGGGAUAUCCUACGGAUGCCAGGCAGCAAGUGACCAGAGCUGGCUCAGGGCAUGAGGGCUGCUGCCCCUUUAAGGAUAUUUGUUUCUCAGAGAGGAAAAAAAGGUCUUCCUUGGAGCUGGGAAUUCUUUUGGGCAAGUGGCUCCCUCCAAGAGAUCUGUCCAAGGUCCUGAAAUCCUGGCAGGCUCUGUCCAUAGUCCUGAAAAUUUCACUGACACCCCCAAAGGGAUCUGUCCGUGGUCCUGAAAGCACCGCUCUGUCCAGCUACUAGACCUUGGUUUAUCUGCUAAUCUUCAUCUCAAGGAUCAUGAGCACCACUUUGGAAUGGGCACCUUGCUAAUACCAGGUCUCUCCAGACAUCUGUGGGUGCUGUCCUUUCCCCAAGACAGGAUGUGGAGCAGAUAACCAGAUAUUGGGAGAGGUCCUGCCUUGGAAGCCGGACUAGCUUUGCCAAAGACCAGGCACUUUGUGACUCCUAUGUUCUCCAUGUAUUAUCGCAUGGAGGUGGGUGGCGUUGCUGUGUCACUGGAAUGUAUGAAGACCUGUUAGUGUGAGAGGGGGGUCAGGUCUUCCUUCUCAAUUGUUGCCCAGGAUAGGAAGGAAUGGCGAGCGGACAUGCUUGCACCUCCACCCCCCCCCCAAAUGCUGGGCCUCUGCUAUGACUUUUCAAGGGCACCCCUGUUAGCUCUCGAUGCUGUACAGUUGACUGCUACUUUCUGCUACGUUGCCAGUCCAGGGCAGGAGUGGCCGAUUCUGCCAUCUGCUGUGCAAAAUGGUCCUCCCAAACCUAACAGAGAGUAGCUGCAUUUGACCUUCUGCUUUCCUCCCCAGGAAAUGUGUGUGGGGUCUGGUUUGUGGUUGUUGAGGGCCUCAUUCCCUUGGAGGGGUGGUGGUGUAGUGGUCAGCGUGCUGGACCGGUAACUGGGGAGACCAGGGUUCAAAUGCAACUUUGAUAUCCAUGAAGGAAAAAUGGAAUAUAAACGCAACAAAUAAUAAAUCCUGGCAGGGGGCCAAAGCCUCUCUUUCAUCUCCUCCUCCUAUUUGCUACCUACCUGCCUGAAAUUAACUUGAGAGCCAUAGGGCUCCCCACUUCUUUCUCCCAGAUACCAUUAGUCCAAAUCUCCCCCUGUAGUUUUUACUAUUUUCUUCCCACAAAAAGAGCCUGGCAUGUUUCUUCCAUGCAGGGCUUUGCUGUGCCAGCCCUGCAGCAGGAUCUCUGCUAUUGAGUACAGAUCCCCCUGGGGAGUUCCUUUUUCCCUUGCAAAGAAAAGAGGAAAAAGAAAUUCCAGUUUUCCUGGCUGUGAUUCAUAAGCCAAUUUUAGAGCAUCUUGUUCUCCAGGGUGGAAUCCUUGGCUUGUCCCUGUUUUCUACCUGCUAGCAUCCCAGUUGGAGGCCAGGAAGCCUUUGGAACAGCUUCUGAAUUGCUCCCUGCAAGUUACAUGAAAUGGGGAGAUGCAAUUUUGCCUUUGCAGCAAAGAUUAGUUUUCCUAUUCCAUUCAUUGGUGGCUCAAGUCGGGCUUAUUUAAUGAGGCUGCCCUCUGUUAACUCAACCCCCCUUCUGCCUCUGCAUGAAAGGGGAGGGUUUCAUUGAGGCAGGAGUUCCACACUGGGCUUAACAUUCUCUUGAAUUCUUCUUCAUGCACUGCAUGGUUAAACUGUGGAACUCGCUUCUGCAAGAGUCAGUGAUGGCCACCAACUUGGAUGGCUUUGAAAAAGGAUUGGACCAUUAAAGGAGGAGAGGGCUAUUGAAAGCUGCCAACCAUGAUGGCUAUUCUCUGCCUCCACAGUUAGAGGCAGAAAUGCUUCUGAAUACCACAGGAGAGGAGAGGGCUAUUGCACUCGGAUCCUGCUUGUGAGUUUUCCACUAGCUUCUGGCUGGCCACUAUGAGAACAGGAUGCUGGACAAGAUGAGUCAUUGGUCUGAUCCAGCAGCCUCAUCUGAUCUCCUUGUGAUGGUGGAGUAAAUGGGCCCCCUUUGGGGGCUCUUCUUAUGGAGGUCUAUUGUGAGAGCCGAACCUCCAUGCCCAGGGACAGUCUACCUCUGAAUACUGGGCAACAGAGAACAACUAGAUAGUGCUCUUCUGAUUGUCCUGCUUGCAGGCUUCCCAUACUGGGAAUCUGGUCGGCCACUGUGAGAACAGGAUGCUAGACUAGAUGGCCCCCCUUUGGCCUGAUCCAACAGGUUCUGCUUACAUUCUUAUGAGGAGUAGAGGUUUCCCCAGGAAGCACUGCUGCCUCUCAGCCACUCAGAUCUUUCCCUCCAUGGCCUGGAGCUCUUCUGAGAAAUCUUAGCAGAGACAUUUUUCUUGUUAUCUACAAAUGCCUUAGGAAGCCAUGGAGGCAGGUUGCCUGGAAUGUGGAAUAAGGUCUGUGUUUUCUGAUUAAGCACAGUUCUUCCAUUUUGGGUGGUGCCAUCCCUGUCUAGCUGAUUGUUGUCUUGAUGGUUGAAGGCUGUCUGUCUAAUGUGUUAAGACAGGGAAGCCUGGGCCUUGUCACUCAGGAGGGUUGGGUAGGCCGUGGAUGACUCAGCCUUGCUCAAGAGUGGUGGGUGGUGGUGCCCCUAUGGGCUGAGCAACUCUUGCCUUUCUGCCCCCUGGAGCAGUCACUGCCUCUUAGCCUAACCUACUUUACAGGGUUGUCGUGGGGAUUAAAUGAGGAAGGGGAGAACCAUGUCAGCCACCUUGAUCCUCCUUGCAGGAGAAAGGUAGGGUGUAAAUGCAUUGAAUAGAGUAGAUCAGAACAGGGUUAGCCAAUGGAGUGCCCUAUAGAUGUUCUUGGACUGCAACUCUCAUGGUCCCUGACUGCUGGUCCUGCUGGCCGCUUGGAACUGGGAUCCAGCAGUAAAUGUAGAAGACACCACAUUUGUUACCCCUGCUCUGGAGAAGCAGCACAACUGAGGAACAACCACUUAGCAGCCAGCAUAGGAGUUGCCUGGAGCAGCCAAGCAUUCUUAUCUGUGUGAAGAGGGAAAGUUAACUGAGCCUGGCCAAUGUUAUUUGAAAUAGUAGGGGCUCUUAGUUUGGAGAUGGUUUACCUUUGGUCAGGAGGUCAACUCUCCCUCCAGGUCAUAGAAUUGCAAGACUGGACAAGAUGCUGUCCUCCUCUUCCUCCUCUUCCUCCUCUUUUUCUUCCUCCCCGCCUUUCUCGUCUUCCUCGCAGGGCCUGGCAUGUUUCAAAGCUUGCCUUGGUUCUUGCCUCCCCAGAUCUGUAUUGUAAACAACACCAAUGCCAACAAAAAAAAACAACCUCUCAAACAAGUCCAUAUCCAAUCAGGACUUUCCCCCCUGCUGUUUGAAUGGAGGACUCUCAUCCACGUGCUGAGUUCUACCUUCUGUGUGGGAUUUUAAUUUACCUUCUUUGCUCCCAUAGUUUGUAUAAUGAUGUAAUUAGCAUAACAUGCAGUAAUGACAGUAUAAAGGCUGCCAAGGAAAAACUGGCGAAAAGCUGGAGCCUCACCUGGGAGCCUCUUUGAGUCCUACUAAGUCUCUUUUAUAAUUUUACCUCAUUAAAACUCCUCCAGUAAACAGAACAACACAUCAUUUCCCUCAUAAUCAGCUUCAUUCAGGCAGCUAAUGAAAUCACCCUGUUUUCUUUAUGGUCCCCUUCCUCUUCUCUUGCUCUGGGGACCUGCAUACAACCUCAUCCCUGGUGUAUGCUCAACCGCAAGGUCACAGGUUUCUCCUUUUCCGUUGGGUCUGGCUGCACAGUUUCCCCUCCACUUGGAUGACAGGACCAUUCACAGUCCCCAGCGCACCUUGGAAACAGUCAGUAUUCAUUGGCUUCCAGGCAGGCAGGCAGGUGAUGUAAGAUCAGCACCUUGGAGAGUAACCUUGGUGUGGGUUUCAGGACCUCGGCCAGCGACCCUGCUGCUGAGGCAGAACAUGCACGUUGCCUCAGCAGCAUCCUGGAGCUUUGCUCACUUUUGCCUCUGGUCCUCUGGUCCCACACACCGCCAGCAUGUGAGCAGAAUGGAAUGUGGCCCUCGGACUGGAAAGAACCCCACACCCAUGGUGUGUGUCGGUGGACUUUUAGGGCUUCAGGAGAUGUCAACAGGGGCAUUUUAUUUCAUCCUCAAAAUUUAUACACUUCAUUGGAAAGAAGGGGGGAAAGAAAGACACCCAAAGCAGUGUACAAUAAAAGGGAAAACCCCCAAUCAUUUUACUACUAAGAAAAAUCAGCAACCAUAAUUUAAAACUUCUGAAAAGUUAAAAUAACAGUAGACCAAAUCCGAAUUAAAACUUGCAAUAGCUUUCUGAACAUCUGGGUGGGGUUACCUAAAGAGGAAUGUUUUCAUCAGGCAACAAAAAGAGUACAGUGAAGGGGUCUGCCUGAUGUCAAGAGGCAGGGCGUUCCAAAGUGUAGGUGCUGUAUAUGGUGGAGUUCUUAUAAAUGCAGAAUGCGUAUUAUGUGGCACUUGUAGCAGUGCCAGUUCUGCCGAUCAAAGCAGUCAAGUGGGCACAUGUUGAGAAGGCAAUCUCGCAGGUCAACUGGUUCUAAGUUGUUAAGGGCUUUGUAUACUAAUAGUAGCACCUUUGAACCUAGCCAGGUAGGGAAUCGGCAACCAGGUGUGGUAUGCUUGCCAGACCUCACUCCUGUCAGCAAUCAUGCUACGGCAUUCUGCACUAACUGCAGCUUCCAGAUCAAGCACAAAGGAAGUCCCACAUAGAGCAUAUUACGGCAAUCCUGUUUUGAAGUAACCAAUGAAUGAACCAUGGAAAAGUUUUCCCGGGGCAGGAAUGGCCACAGCUGUUGAAACAGUCACAGUUGGUAAAAGGCACUUUUAGCUACUGAUGCUACCAGAGCCUCCAGUGACAGAGCAACCCCACAUUGUGAAUUUGCUCCUUCGGGGGGGGGGGAGAGCAAACCCAUCCAGGGUAGGCAACUGAGCAAUUUCCCAGACACAGGAGCUUCUCUCACACAGUGCCUCCAUCUCGCCAGGAUUCAAGCUCGGCUUGUUUCUCCUCAUCCAUUUUACCCCUGAGUCCUGGCAAUGGCCCAGGGACUGCGCGGCCUCUACUGAUUCAUGUCUUACGGAGAAAUAGAGCCAAAUGUUUUCUGCAAUGGAUGGUCUUUGGGAACAAUCCGCAACUCAGGAUUUCCACCUCAAACCAGCUGAAUUGCCCUCAUAGGCUCAUUGCCUGUAUGUCCAUGUUGAUCCUUUGUUGACUGUGGCCUCAGGUGAUUCAGCUCCCACACAAAAGGAGUUUCCCCAGGCAAAUCCUCACAGCAAGGAACUCCCUUGGUGCCCAGCCACUAUGCAAAAAACGUAACACUUUUCUAAGGUGAUGUUAUUGUGCUAGUCUGCUUUUGAAGUCCUGCAUUACAUUCUAUGACAUGUUUACGCCCACUCAACCGCUUCAAUAAGCAGAGCUGGCCCUGUUACAGGAAGCCACAAAAUACCCGUUCUGCAUUAGUCAGAAACCCUUCUUUUAGUGUUGCAGCGCCUGCACAUCUGGAACUCCCUGCCCAUCGACGCCCAGGCAGGUGCCUUCACUGUGUACCCUUUUUGAUACCUGCUAAAAAGAUUAUUGUUUAGAUAAGCCUACCUAGAUGUUCAGAAAGCUGGUGUGUGUUUUAAUCUGUUUUUAGUCUACCAUUGUUUUAACUUUUUUUAAAGUAUUGAAUUAUUAUUGUUGAUUUUUCUUGUUGAUCAUUUUCUUGUUUAAUCUUUUGUAAACCACUUUUUAAAAACUAUCAAGCCAUGUAUAAAUUUUGUGAAAUAAAGAAAUAAACGUGAGGUAGUCAAGUGGCCAUAACUGUAGUGGCAGUACGCCCUCCAGAGGGAUCACAGUUUUGAAUUCCCCUGCUCCAUGUUAAAAAUUCCCUGCAUGUAGAAAGCCAGCAGUCAAAGGGGCUGGGACCACAACCUUUUAUCCUCUGUCCCUCAGAUAUCCCACCUCACCCUGUUGCCCAUGAGUAGAGCCACUUUGGAUCAGAGCACAUUUUCUGGGCCAGCACCCUUUUUUUUGAGAUGGCAGGGAUUUCAUUUUUUUAAAUAUCCUCUGGAAUCUUUUAAACAAACCCUGUCUGUAGAAGACUAGCGCAGCGAAGAGGAAGUGUGAGGAGUCUUCUUCCCUGACAGGAAGGUUUUGGAUAAUGUGGGGCAGGAGUCUUCAAAUGCAGGACCCCAUCCUCUGCUGGUGCAGUCGCAGGGAGGAGGCAGUGCAUGCACAGGUAGAGCCAAGGAGAGAAGCCUCUGGAAGCGAGAGAAGGAAGUUCUGGCCUUGUGGCUGCUCCCCAAAACUGGUGCAGAGUUUGGCAUCAAAAUGCACAAUGGGGGCAGUGGAGGCAGCUGGGGCAGAGCUCCUGGUGGCUGCCCCAGAGGUGGACAUGGCAGUCAGGUUUUGCCACGGAGAUAAUCGGAUUCUGUCCUGUGGCUGUUUCCUUGACAACUAACAGAGGCAGAGAUAGUGAGCGAGAAGACAGAGUUGAGCGGGUGGAAGAAAAGCCUGGGGUGGGGAGCAACUGAGCAAGCGGCUUUGGGGGGGGGGAAUAUGGGAGUAUAAAAACCUUUCCUCACAACUUCAUCACACCUUACAUUUUGUAGAGUCUCCUCCAGAGAUUUAAGGAGUGUAAUGUGCGAAUUGAGCCCCCUGGUGGGCCUUUCGCCUCCCUCCCUCCCUCCUCCCCUUGUUACCUUACAAAUGGGGAAUCAUAGAAUUGUAGAGUUGGAAGGGACCCCAAGGGCCCUCUUGUCUAACCCCCUGCAGCGCAGGAAGUUGUGCCCCGGUUCUCUGGGGCAGGGGAGUCUGCUGCCUGCAAGAUCCCAUUUUGACUCAUAAAACUAAAAACAAAAUCAGAAUCAACAACAUAUAGAACAAUGAGACAUCAUAAAGAAAUUUCUGCACGUACGUAAAACCUACUUCAGAUUUAAAUUAGGUAAAUUAUAAUACACCCAUUUCCUAUUAUUGCAGAUAUUUCGUUAUUAAUUGUGUCUCUAUUUUAUUACAGGUAAUGGAAAUAAUAAUAAUAAUAAUAGACAAGUUUAUACAAGCCAGACCAUACUAUAUGCACACGCUCUCCCCUGCUUGCCCUCAGUCUUCUGAUAUUAUUACUAUUACUAUUACUAAAUUUAUUUAUAUCCUGCCUUCUUUCCAGACUGGGACUCAAGGCAGUUUGCAGAAAUCAAAACAACACAGAUAAAAUACAAAAAGCUAAAAACCUAUAAAACGUGACGGUUAGAAAGUAAUUAAACUCUAGCAGAAAUUAAAGCCAAAUAGAAAACAAGUCUAUUAAAACACAGACAGUAAAGUCAGCACAGCACUAUUAAAAGCCACUUCUUUAAAAAAAGAAGAAAAAGCAACAGUCAGUUCCCAAAGGCCUGUGGGAAUGUAGGAGUCUUCAACUGCUGGAGGAAGGACAACAAGGAGGGAGCCAGUCUGGCUUCUCUAGGGAGGGAAUUCCAAAGCCUGGGAGCAGCUACCAAGAAGGCCCUGUCCUGCGUCCUCACCAAGCAGGACUGUGAGGGUGGUGGGACCGAGAAGAAGGGCUUCCCCCAAUGAUCUCAGAGCCCAGGCUGGUUCAUAUGGAAGAAUACAGCCCUUCAGGUUGCCACCCAGGUGGUCCCUACAGAUCGUGACUAUUAUAUUAGGGCUGGCAGGAGAGAAAAUUCAGCAGCCCAUUUGGUGACUGUCCAGGACAACCAGGAGUAAAAGGGUUUGAAAGGUGACCCCAAUUUCUCUCUUUUCCUCCAGGGGAGCUCUACAGAGCCUCUUUGAGGAAGCACCGCUAUCCUGCGCAAGGCAGCAUUGAGAUCCACGAGGAGAGUGAGGUGAGCCUUGACCAUAUUGCAUUUCAGGAAAUAAACAGGCAGUGUGUGGGAGAGGGGCAGGAGGAGGCAGGGGUGGGCUCCACAGAGGAAAGUUUUGGACAUCAUGGGGUGUGGGGCUCUCUUUGAUUUCUCCUGGUUUUUAUUGUGGGGAGGCUAAUAGAAUUGUAGGAAUGUCGGAUUGGAAGGAAACCCCAAAGGUCAUUUAGUCCAACCCCCUUCAGUGCAGGAAUCACAGCUCAAGAUUUCCUUGCAGAUGGCCAUCCAAACUCUGUUUGAAGGUGCCUUAGGAAUUAUUGAAAGAGUUGGGUAUGUUUAGCCUGGGAAAGAGAUGACUGAGAGGAGAUACGAUAGCCACCUUCAAAUAUCUAAAGGGUUAAAGGAAGAGGGGAAAGAAGGUUUUUCUGCUGCUCUAGAGGGGAAGAACUGAACCAGUCGAUUCAAAUCACAAGAAAGGAGAAUCUGGCGAGCGUUGGGAAUAACUUUCUGAGGGUACUGUAUUUUUCGCUCCAUAAGGCUCACCUGACCAUAAGGCGCACCUACUUUUUUGAGGGGCUGGCAGGGGAAGCCUGGGUUUUCCCCACGCCCAGCCCCAAAGAGCAGGUCGGGGAGCAGCAGAAAGGCUGCGCACAGCCUUCCUGCUGCUCCCCGAGCUUGUUGGGGCUGGCGGGGGAAGCCUGGGUCCCCCCCCAGCCCCAGGGACCACACAUUCGCUCCAUAAGACGCACAGACAUUUCCCCUUAGAUUUUAAAGGGAAAAAAGUGCAUCUUAUGGAGCUAAAAAUACGGUAAGUGUGGAACGUCAGCAGGUGUCAGGCUCUCCUUAGUUGGAGGUUUUUAAACAGAGAUUGGAUGGCCACCUGCCAGGGAUUCUUGAGCUGGGAUUCCUGCAUUGCAGGGGGUUGGAAUAGAUGGCCCUUGGAGUUCCCUUCCAGCCCUGCAAUUCACUCAUUCCUUGUAGAAGCCCCAGCACUGCCACAAGGCUCUUUGGUUUUUCUCACUUCCAUUGUCCCUUGACUCCAAAGCGAGAUCUGCUCAGGCCUUUAUCCUCAGAUUGGUUUGCUUUUCUAGGUACGUACAUAGCUUGGUUCACUUCUCUCUCUCUCUCUCUCCCCCAGGAAGGGGGUCAGCAGCAGAACUGCAAAACCCACGUCUUGAUCCUGGUCCUGCAUGGGGGCAACAUCCUGGACACAGGCGGCGGGGAGCCCAGCAGCAAGAUGGCUGACAUCAACACCUUCACGUCGGUGUUUGAGAAGGUCACACGGGCCCACUUCCCGGCUGCCCUGGGCCACAUCCUGAUCAAGCUCGUCCCUUGCCCAGCUGUCUGCUCAGAGGCCUUUUCUCUCAUGGCAAAGUGAGUUUCCUGUGGGUUUUUGGCUGUCGUGUUGCAUUGUUCAGUCAACUAGUCCUGAGUAAGGAAAGGGGAAACCUGUGCUUUGGCCCUUCUCCCUUAGGCUCAUCCUCCCACCUGGGAAAUGGGAACAGCCGGAAUCUUCUUCGCAGGCUUCUGUUGUACGGACAAAUAAAUACAGUGGUACCUCAGGUUACAGACGCUUCAGGUUACAGACUCCGCUAACCUAGAAAUAGUACCUCGGGUUAAGAACUUUGCUUCAGGAUGAGAACAGAAAUUGCGGCACGGCGGCAGCAGGAGGCCCCAUUAGCUAAAGUGGUACCUCAGGUUAAGAACAGUUUCAGGUUAAGAAUGGACCUCCAGAACAAAUUAAGUACUUAACCCGAGGUACCACUGUGCUGCAAACAGUUCUGGGUGCCACGCCUUGAAAAGGAUAUUGUGGAGCUGGAAAAGGUUCAGAAAGGGGCGAGCAAAAUGAUUGAUGGAGCGACAGCCCUAUAAGGAAAGGUUGCAGCGUUUGAGACUUUUUAGCUUUGGAAAUAAGGUGAUCAAGAGUAGAUAUGAUAGAGGUGUAUAAAAUGAAUGCAUGGCUUAGAGAAGGUGGAUAGAGAAAAGUUUUCCUCCCUCUUAACACCAGAACUCAUGGAUGUCCAGCUGAAAGUUGGAAGAUUCAGGACAGAUAAAAGAAAGUCUUUCUGGAUGCAGUGUAUUGUUGAACUAUGGAACUCUCUCCCACUCGGGGCAGUGAUGGCCACCAACUUGGAUUGCUUUAAAAGAGAAUUUAAUGGUAUAAUGAGGAGGAUAAGAAGGCUACUGAAAGCUACUAGCCACAGAGGCUAUACUCUGCCUCCACAGUUGUGAUAGCUCAGUCGGUAGAGCAUGAGACUCUUAAUCUCAGGGUUGUGGGUUUGAGUCCCACGUUGGGCAAAAGAUCCCUGCAUUGCAGGGGGUUGGACUAGAUGACCCUUGGGUCCCUUCCAACACUACAAUUCUAUGAUUCUAGCUACGCUUCUGAAUACCAGUUACUGGAAACCACAGGAGAGGGGAGGGUUCUUGUGCUCAGGCCUUGCUUGUUUCCCGUUGGGGUGUCUGGUUGGCCGCUGUGAAAACAGGAUGCUGGCUCGAUGGCGAGACAUGUCUGGAUUAGAAGCGCUGGAUUCGUAAAGAGAAAACAAAUAGGAGCGAUUUUAAGCUGGUGGCAAUUUUCAUAGCAAGUUAACGCGAGCGAUCCUUCAGCUCCACUUAGCAAGCAGCUCAAUCUAUGGCAUUCAGCCCUGCUCACUGCCUCUGGCUUUUCAGAGGCUCCUGCGGGGAUCUCUCUGUGCACAAAUUUAUGGAACGGCAAAGCUUCUGUGUGGCAUUUCCAGUGAAAAAUGAGACCCCCUUAAGCAAAAACGCCUCUGCUUAGGAUGAAAUAUUUGGCUUUUGCUCUGCUGAGUUUGGGCUGAUAUUUAGUGCUUCUCUCGCUGCGGAGCUAAAACAAUCUGCUUAGCAUGAAGUCACCAGCUAAGUCUUCACGGAAAACGGGGGUGGGGGGUGGUGGGGAGAUAUACAAUGAUUUCCAGCCUGCCUCCCUGUUUUCUCCUUCUUCAUCCAUGUGAGAUGUCUUUCUUACCAUAACAAAUCCUACGUCUUUGUUUUUCAACAAGCCAUUGGGAAAAUGUGCAUCAUUUCUGCAUGUUCCCCUCUGCGAAAUUUGCAUGUCUGCAUGUGCUUUAUUCUCAAAGAGGCAUUUGAAUCUCAAAUAUGUUUUUUUCUGGGUACAUAGAGUCCCCAAAGUGAAUGAUUAACUGCAUUACGAUCCACGUCUUAGUUGGAGAAAUGCAAAUCCGGUCAAUUUGCAGACAGGAUGAAAUCCUCAAGCAAAGCCAGGAGUGGGGUUUUUUUUUGGGGGGGGGGGGAUGAGCCACCCGGCUCAGUGAUGCAUUCUGAAACAUUUGUUCUGGGGGCAGGUAGGUUAGCAAGACCUCUGGAAAGACCUCUGCAACUUUCCACCGCAUACGAAGUCCAUGUGCCUGGUGGGGUUUUUUUGGCCUGUUUGCCAAAGGAGAAUUUUGCAGCUCAUUGUGGCGGGUGGGGUGGGGCUGGUUGUCUCAAGUGACCUCUCCUCCAUCCCUAGAGUCAUAGAACUCUAGAGCUGGAAGAGGGUUCCCGAGGUUCAUCUAGUCCAACCCUUUGGAAUGCAGGAACCACAGCUAAAUCAUCCUUGACUGUUGGCCAUGCAAUGCCUAUUUGGAAACCUCCAAAGAAGGACAGCCCAUUCCACUGUCAAGCAGCUCUUGCCACUGGGAAGUUCUUCCUAAUGUUUACUCAGAAUCUAAUUUCUUGCCAUUUGAAUCCAUUGUUUCAGGUCCUACCUGCUGGUGCAGCAGAAAACAAUCUUGCUCCAUCUUGUCACCUGCCAAUGUGCGGCUGAUGUGAGCCUCGUACCCCUGUUGUUUGGGUUCCAUUUCUAACGCAUUGCUGGGAGGAGCUGGACUAGGUUACCCUUCCAACUUUACAGUUCUGUGAUUCUAGUAUUGUUUCGUAGAAUCAUAGAUGUCUAGAGUUGCAAGGGACCACAAGGGUCAUCUAGUGCAACCCCCUGCAGUGCGCCAUCUUUUGCCCAAAUGUUAGGCUUCUACCCAUGACCCUAUGAUUAAGAGUCUCCUGCUCUACUGACUUGGGACGUUAAAGGCAGGCACGUUCAAGAGAUUCAGGCCACAGAGUUAACGUACAGCUCUGCACAAGCUAUGAUUAAAACCUUUCAAAGAAUAAUCUUCAGCAAUCCUUCUGCGGACGGUGAAAUAAAUCCAGAGCCCGAGCUGCUCCUUCCUCUGCCCUCAAAACAUCAUCACAUCACCAUAAUUGGCAGUUAUGGAAUGGGUGCCCAUGUCAAAACAUCUCUUCUGCCCUAAUUGGCAUUUUCUGCUGCUGCUGCUGCGCCUUCAGCGACAUUAAUUGAGUUAAACUGCUUUGUAAAUAAUUAGAGAUCACCUUGUCCUCUUUGCGUUCCUCUUUGUGCCAGCCAAUCCAGGGUAUCUCCCAGAUCAGUUUGGCCAGAGGCAACCAUGUCAGGUCUCCAAAGAAGGGAAAGCAGGUUUCCUCCAGAGAGGAGGCCAGUAUUCAGGACAGGGAAAGGAAAGCCCUUCCUCACUCAGUGCAGAGUUAAACUUUGGAAAUCACUCCCAAGGGAGACAGUCACCACCACCAAAUCAUGCAGGAGGAGAGAGCAAUCAAGGGCUAUGAGCCAGGAUGGCUAUGCUCUUGGGCUGUCAUACGUCCCGAUUUCCACAGACAUUACCGGGAUUUCAAAGACGGAAUUGACGUCCGGGGGGAAUUUCUGAAAGGCAGCGCUUUGUCUUGGAUCUUAGGCAAGUCAAUCAAUUUUUUUUUUGAAAAAAAGCUCAACAAUUUUGGGGGUUUCCUUAAAAAACUCUCAACAACCUUUGGGGUGUCCUGGUUUUUACCCUGCUUUGCUCUGCCUCCACAGUCAGAGGCAGCAAUGCUUCUGAAUACCAGUGGCUGGAAAGUACAGGAGGGGGCAGUGCUCUUGUGCUGGAAUUUGACUUGCUGGUUUCUCACUGGGGUCCCUGGUUGGCCACUGUGAGGACAAGAUGCUGGACUAGAUUGGCCAUUGGCCUGAUCCUGCAGGCGGCUCUUAUGUUAAGAGAAUACCGAAGGAGGCUGGCCAGUCUUUCCAUUGGGAUGGAGCCAAAGCGACUCUUUCUGCCCUGGGGGAUCCAACCUCUGAACAGUUGUAAGACAGUGUCAGCACCUUGAUCUUCCAUGGAAGAGAUCUGCAAAUAGCAAGAAACCCCAUCCUGAAUAGGGGUUGGACUGGAUGUCCUUUAGCAGUCCCUUCCAAAUUUACAGUUCAGUGAUUCUGUGAACAUGACCGAUGAUCAGAGCCCAUUUUCAGGCCCACUGCUCUGUGGCAAUGAUUGUUGCAAAAAAAGUAUUAAGUUUGCCAAUACUGCUGUUGCCUCCAGAUCGUGGUGGCAUUUUGAGUGGUGAGAUGCCUGUUGAAUGCAGGUUUUGGGAGCCCCAGCUGUGAUUCCUGCAUCACAGGAGGUUGGACUAGAUGACCCCGGGGUUCCCUUCCAACUCCACAAUUCUAUGAUUCCAAUAACUCUUGAAAGCUCCUGGUGACCAAUUCCUGGAGGGCACUUUGCAGAUAAGACUUCUCGCAUUCCUGCCAAGACGGACUCAAUACCUUUGCCUGAGUUGGAGAUGGAUGCAGCUUGGACACAGUUGCUAGGGGCUCCGUUGUUAUGGAUACCUUUUCAGCUUGUGCAACCUGGACCAACUCCCUGGUGGGAGGAGGCUUCCUGCCUGGACACCGGACCCUUCCCCAUCAAGUCUGCAUCAAAAGGCAAAUCCUACCUAUGGCGAAUCUGUCUUUCCUCAGGAGCACCAGCUGCCUUGGAAGCAGUGUUCUUGCAAGGCCAUUUAGAAAUCUUGCAUAGCAAAAGCUGCUUCCUUAGGGACAGGUGCUGAGCACACCUGUGUGAGCAAGGAGUGAGAGGCAUCUCUUGCACUCUGCAAAGGGCAUCUGCUGUGGUUCCCCUGGCCAGGUGAGAGUGGCUUGGCUUGCUUACUUGAGCCACCUGGACCUCCCUUGCUGUUCUGCUCUUGCACAUUCUCUCUUUCAUGGAGCAGUGGCUUCUUGCUGGUGGGCUGCAUGGGUUUCUUAGGUGGUGAACUGAUCGUCUUCUGGGCCUGCAAGGCCAUAGCUGAGUGGUAGAGCAUUUGCUUUGCAUGCAGAAGGUCCCAGCUUCAAUCCCCAGCAGCACCUCUAGGGAAAAGAUCCUGAUUGAACUUCUGGAGACAGUACUGAGCCAGAUGGACCAAUGGCCUGACUCUGUAUCAGGCAGUUUCCUCUGAUUCUGUGCUCUGAUGGCACUCAUUCCAUUGCUUCAGCCCACUCAAUUUUCUCAUCUGAGCCAUGUCUUGACUUAUUUUUUCAGAUAUUCUAACUUCCCCUCGAGACCUUUUCAUACCUGCUGUGUCUCAAAGGUCCUUUCAAAGUGGCCACAUUAGACGGACGGAUCCAGCAGGAGCGGUUGGGCUGUUUUGGAGGCAGCACAUCCCAGGCACUGGAGUCUUUUGGAUAGAUUUGGAGGAUGGGAACAGAGUGCACCGCUGACUUACGAGCUUGCAUAUCUCAUCAUAACAGAGAUCCCAGCCCUGGGGUUCUGCAGAAGGAGCAGGUGGUAAUAGGGAACCAAUAGCCAAGGCUGGGCAAUGCCGCCCCCUUGUGGCAACAGGCAUGAUGAGUCUUUAGGUUUGAUUUACGGAUUCUUUAGCUGUGAUUCCUGAAUCGCAGGUGGUUAGACUAGAUGGAGCCUUGGGGUAAUUUCCAGCUCUUUGACUCAUUGGAGGUUUUUAAUCAGAGUUUGGAAAGCCAGCUCUGAGGGAUGCUUGAGCUGUGAUUCCUGCAUUGCUGGGGGUUGGACUGGAUGACCUUUGGAGCGCCCCUCGCUACUCUGCAAUUCUAUGAUCCUAUCUGCAAAUAUUUAGGAUCUGGCCAAUACAAAACCAAUAUGGAUAACAACUUCGGAGAAGAAGGAAGAUAUCUCUGAAUGUGCCCACGUAACACAGCUCAGGAAAAACAUUUCUAGCAUUACAUCUCCAGCAUUGACCUGUAUUAUACAGCCCCUUUUUGUAAGAACAUGCAUUAGUUCUAAACAAAGCUCAUUCUUAAAAAAAUAAAAAUAAAUAAAACUUAUUUGGCUUUGGGAGGUGUUGAAGCACAAGGUGAGUCUCAGCAAUACAGACAAAUUGAUUAGGUAUUGAACGUACAUGGGAGAAAGACCUGCACAUGCAAACCAAGGGUUCUAAAUCGUAUGCACUUUGGUCAUCUAUUUUUUUUUCCAAAUAAUAUUUAUUAGAGUUUCCAAUAAGAAAAACACAUCAAUAAAAAAAUUAAAAAGAAAAAAGAAAAAUACACAGUUCAAAAAUACACAUUACAUAAUCCAGGAAAAAAAAAAACAAAAAGCAAAAGACAAAAAAGAAAACAGUUAAAAACAAUACCACCUUUUCAUCACCUUUUUAAAAUUUACUUAUUUUCUGGACCUCCUCGUACCUCCCUCUUUUGUAUUCCAGUUCAAUUUGUUUGUCCAGCAAUUUCUUCCCUCUUUUUAAUCCCAAUCCUUAAUCUUAAUAUAGUAUAACAUUAAAUUUUUACCUCUUAAAAGCCAAAUUUCCAUUUCCUUUAACUUUUUUAAUCCUAAUCCUUAAUCUUGAUCUAUAUAUAACUUUAAAGCCUGUACAGCUAGAAACCACUUAUUUUCAAUCCAACAUCACUCUAACAUUCUUUAAUUUUACAAUGUUUCUGCAGAUAGUCUUUGAAUUUCUUCCAAUCUUCCUCCACCGACUCUUCUCCCUGGUCACGGAUUCUACCAGUCAUUUCUGCCAGUUCCAUAUAGUCCAUCAUUUUCUGGUCAUCUAAACCAUAUAGGCCAGUCCAGAUUAUGUGUUCCAGGAAAAUCCUACACAGAGGGAACUGUACACCAGUGCAAACUGCCCACAUGAUGACAAAAUAUUCUCAGAACUCUUGGGUGGGGGGGGCUGUGGAAGAAGAGACAGCGUUUCUCACUUGUGGUGGGACUGCCCACAAGUAUUCAACUUCUGGACAAUGGUUUGUCAGGAAACGACCGAAAUACUCAAACAUCCCAUUCCAUCUUUGUUUAUUAAAUCUGUGGGAUGAUCAGCUGGAAGGUUUUAGCUCUCAGGAACACUUGACAUGGAUGCUGUCAGCUGUCAGAACCUCAGUUGCCCCCAAAUGGAAACCUUGCAGGAUUUCCAAGUUUCGCAUUGUUAUUAAAAUAUGUGGAGUUUAGCAUUAGCUAAAAAAACAACUCAUAAAUUAUGUGUUGCCAAAGGCUUGGAGGACCCUGAAAAAUUCUGUGCUGUUUGGUGGGAUUUUGUUUUAUAUGCAACAAAUACAGACACACAGGACUCCUUCUGCACAGCAUAAGGUGUAAUUUGGCCUCUUUCUUUCUUUCUUUCUUUCUUUCUUUCUUUCUUUCUUUCUUUUUUUUAAAAAAAAGUUUUUAUUGAUUUUCUAAUAUCGUUCCAAUAGCAGCCUCAUUAUAACAAUACCAAUUUUAUCCAAUUAAUACAGUUAUUAAUGCCAAUUAUUCCAAUGUCAAAAUAUACAAUUUAAUCAAACUGCCCUCCCUGUGUGCUAGACUCGAUGACUUCAUUCUUCUACAUUUUUUGUGUCUUCCAAAUCCUUAAUAAUUUCCAUUCCAUUCAGAUAUAAUAAUCCCAUAUACAAUCUUGUGAUUUCAUUUGUGUUGGUAAAUAAGGCAAUUUAUAAAGUUUCAAGUGAGGAACUCUAACUGUAAUCCUUAUUAUGUGUCAGUUCCACAUACCCUAUGAUGUUUUCCCGUCCAUAUAUGGUGUUAUAUCCUUCAUUCCUACAACUGUUGAUGGUUCCUGUCAUGCCUCAAGAGAAGCAAUUAUCUCACAGUUUCCAAAAGUCACUGCAUUACUUCGUCCUGUGAUUUGGCUUCCAGCAAACAAGCCGUCUUCGCCAUUUUUCCAGCCUAGGAAGAAUGGCCUGAAUCCAGACUGCAAUCCAAAAGCUUCUAUUCCCGCAGCUCCUUUCUUCCCUGCCAGUGAUUUAUAGCCAAUUGUCCUUAUCUCAGACACUUUCCUUCAUGGAUAAUGGAGGUUAGGGUGGACUUUGCUCCAUAUUUUCAAAGCAUAAUGUUUCCUCCCCCCUCUCAGUUCCUUUCUCUCACAUACGCAGUUCCAAUUCAGUUAAAUUCCAUAUUUAUAUUCCAAUUCCUUCCUCACUUGUACAGAUAUUUUUAAAAUAAAACUUGCAUUCCGUAUCAUAAAUGUAGAGAAAAACUUUGAUAUAAGCAAACCAUGGGCUCCCCUCCCCUCAUUGUCUCUUUCACCGAAUUAAAUCCCCUCUCAAUCCAAACCUUUUAAAUCCUUGUAGCUGGGUUCAUUUUCGCAGUUUCUUAUCUCAUCAUCUCCAGCGCACGCCUGCAGUUUACUCCCAUUAAAAAAACCCAAUUAGCAGGAUAACCUGUGCUUCCAGGAACGGGAUCGGGUGGGGGGGUUGCAGUGGCUGGAGUGCUCCAUGCACCCAGUGCCUUUGACUGCCCUCGCAUUCCAUGGGGAAGCAAGUGCCAGACCACCAGGCAAACUGUGGGUGAGAGCCAGGUUCCUCUUCCAACCGAAGAGGAAUGCAGAAAAUGUAAUUCCCCCAUCAUUUUCUGAUUAUCUCUGUUGGUGUCUCUCCAUGGGGUUGGGAGAGGCAUUUAUCCCCUGGUGCCCAGGAAACCGGAAACCUGCAAUUUGACCUUCCUGUUGGCACACUGUGAUGCUUUAUUGUACUUCUGUUAUUUUUAUUGCAUUAAUUUGUUUUGCUUCAAUAAGUCUUUUUGGUUGUUUUAAAGAGAAUCUGAAAAUAAGUAAUACAGAUGAGGAUCCUGCUGUAAAUGGCCCUUGUGGUUUUGCACCUGCUUUUUAGCCCUGACUAAUUCCCUGUGCUGUCCCCUUUCUUACCCCCUUGUCCCCCCCCCCAGCCUGAAUCCCUACAGCUAUGAUGAGACCUCCCUGAGCAGCAGCGAAGACCACAUCCCUCUGGCUGCCUUGCCACUGCUGGCCAUCUCCUCCCCGCAGUACCAGGAUGCGGUUGCCAUGGUGAUCAGCCGAGCCAACCAGGUUUACAAUGAAUUUCUCAAGUCUCCUGACGGGAGUGGAUUUAAUGGGCAGGUACGAUCAUGCCUCUCUUGGAUGAAGAACACGGUGGCCAGGGUUUAAGGGGAAUCAGCCCGUCCACAGACGGCAGCUUUGCUAAGGUUCUUCCCUCUAACCACUGGGCAUUUCUCUCUCCCUUUCUCUCGUUCCUACUUUGAACUCGUGUGUCCCUUUCUUUAAAUGGAAUUAAGGCAACUGAAAACGAUGUAGAAAUCUGCCUUACACACAGUGGGAAAUAAAUGUUAACUUAUAAAGUUUUGGUAAGUCAUUCUUCUCACACUGCAGUUAAAACUCCUUCCCAUGGGAAGCAGUGAUAGCCACCAAUCUGGAUGGCUUUUAAAUAAGCCUCUUUUAAAUUCAUGGAGGAGGAGAGUGCUCUCCAGGGCUACUAGCCAGGAUGGCAACACUCUGCCUCCGCAGUUGGAGGCAGCGAUGCUUCUGAAUGCUGGUUGCUGGAAGCCACAGGAAGAGAGAGGGCUUUUGUGCUCGGAUCCUGCGUGUGUGUUUCACAUUGAGGCAUCUGGUUGGCCACUGUGAGAAUAGGAUGCUGGACUAGAUGGACCAUUGGCCUGUUCAAGCAGGGAUCUGCUUACGUUCUUAUAUUUCCACGUCACCUGAAUCCUCCUGUCUCUGUGUGUUGUGGUGGAGGCUCUCUUGACUUUUGUUGAUGGGUUUGGGGAUUGUUUGAGUCAUUUUUUGGGGGGGAUACAUGCUGGGUGGUGGGUCCAGAUGAGGCCUCUGGGACUUUGCUGCGAGGUGAUGCCCUGCCAACUUGGCCGCCCUUCUCUUCUCCUUCCCAGGUGUGCCUCAUUGGGGACUGCGUGGGAGGAAUUAUGGGGUUCGAUGCCAUCUGCUACAGCACCGGCUUGGCAGAUGAAAGCCAGUCCAGCAGCAGGAGAGGCAGUGCCAGCAGUGCCCAGGUAGAGAUCCUUCCUCUUGGGAGUGGGAUGGAGGGCGGGAGUCGGGACUGGCAGGCUUCCUGAGAGAUCCCUGGCACCCGUCUGCUUGGGAACUCCAGUGCUCCUCCUAUCCACCGAAAAAGCACAUUGAGGAAGCUUUGGAGGAGAAACAGUGGUUGCAGCUGCACCUUUUGAAUUUCUGUCCAUCAGACUACUAUUAAGGGUAGAGAAAUAGGAUACUAAGAAAAACUGCAAGUCUUUUUGCAAGAGGCCCAGAGACCCAAUAUCAGGUGGUGUGGUGUAGCAGUUAGCGUGUGGGGCUAGGACCUGGGAGAGACCAGCAUUUCCAUCCCCACUGAGCCAUGAAGCUCACUGGGUGUGGCCUCAGGCGAGUAAGCCACUCUCGGCCUAAGCCUACCCUGCAGGGUGUUGUGAGGAUAAAAUGGAGAGGAAGAGAACCAUGUGCACCACCUUGAGCUUCCUCGGAGGAAAACGUGGGAUGUAAAUGUAAUAAAAUAAAUAAAUCAGUUACAGGAGGGGAGAGUGUUGCUAAGAUCUUGCAUGUGGGCUUCCCAUUGGGGUAUCUGGCUGGCCCCUGUGAGAACAGAACACUGGACUAGAUGGGUCAUUGGCCUGAUCCAGUAGAUUCUUCUCAUGUUCUCAUCCCUGCUUUAUCCCACUCUUUCCCUGCCGCUAUAAACCUGUCCAAAUUUUAGGAGUAGAUUUUGAUGGCUAUACAUUGGUGAUUUUUGCACCAUGAAUGCCCCCUAGUGGAUGAAGGCCUCUCUACAUAACAUGAUUCCAGCUCCUCUUGUGUCCCAUCAUGUUCUCUCUUCCCUUUUGAGCACCCCCCCCCCAUUCGUCCCAACGGCAACUCAAUAUUCCCUUUGCUGACUUCUCUGUCCUUUCAGGAUAAUCCCCUCUCAGGCGAAGACUCCAACCUGGGGGAGCUGAAGCGUCUCAGCAAGAGCAACAUUGACAUCUCUGGGAUGAUGGAGGACGAGGAGCCCCGGCAACCGUUGCCGCGGAAACAGAGCGACUGCUCCAGCUACGAAUGUGACGCCAUCACUCAGCAUCACGCCUUCCUCUCCAGGUAGGGGAGAGAGGAGGAGAGGCAGCCUCAGGUGGGCCCAUCCAGGAGCCUGGAGGCCAAAGUUCAAUGAGCACCUGGGAGCAGUUCCUAUUCAUGUCCUAUUCAUGUUGUUAUUUAGUUAAUUAUUUGCAAGUUUUUAAUGUUUCUUUAUUCAAGAAAGGACACAAUCUUCAAUAAGAUAAAAGACUAAAGAAGGAAAUAAAGAGGACCAUGCAACUAAACUAGGAUUAAAAUUAAACAUGCACACAAAACAAAUUUGGGCCUUUUUGUUCACAAACCCCGUGGUGCAUCAAUAAAAGUGCUACAACAUUUGUAAAACUAAGAGGAUCUGGUAUAGUUUCAGAAUGAGGGCUGACCCCCUGCUUUGUAGGGGCUUGGGCUAGAUGGCUCUUGGGGUCCAUACCAACUCUGCAAUUCUAUGAUUCUUUUAGUUGGAGUAUAGAAUUGUUGAGUGGGAAGGGACACCAAGGGUUGUCUAAUCUGACCUCCUGGAAUCCAGGAAUUAGAAUCAUAGAAUCAUAGAGUUGGAAGAGACCACAAGGGCCAUCGAGUCCAACCCCCUGCCAAGCAGGAAACACCAUCAGAGCACUCCUGACAUAUGGUUGUCAAGCCUCUGCUUAAAGACCUCCAAAGAAGGAGACUCCACCACACUCCUUGGCAGCAAAUUCCACUGUCGAACAGCUCUUACUGUCAGGAAGUUCUUCCUAAUGUUUAGGUGGAAUCUUCUUUCUUGUAGUUUGGAUCCAUUGCUCCGUGUCCGCUUCUCUGGAGCAGCAGAAAACAACCUUUCUCCCUCCUCUAUGUGACAUCCUUUUAUAUAUUUGAACAUGGCUAUCAUAUCACCCCUUAACCUCCUCUUCUCCAGGCUAAACAUGCCCAGCUCUCUUAGCCGUUCCUCAUAAGGCAUCGUUUCCAGGCCUUUGACCAUUUUGGUUGCCCUCCUCUGGACACGUUCCAGUUUGUCAGUGUCCUUCUUGAACUGUGGUGCCCAGAACUGGACACAGUACUCCAGGUGAGGUCUGACCAGAGCAGAAUACAGUGGCACUAUUACUUCCCUUGAUCUAGAUGCUAUACUCCUAUUGAUGCAGCCCAGAAUUGCAUUGGCAGCAGAAGAAUCCUUGAUAGGUGGCUAUCCAACCUCUGCUUAAAAGCCUCUGAUAGAGGAGAGUACACUACCUUCUGAGGGAGUCUGUCCCCUGGCUGAACAGCUCUUACUCCCAGAAUGUUCUUCCUAAAGUUGGGAUUGACUUUCUUCUCAUUCAAAUCCAUUGGUUUGGUUUGUCGUUGUCCCCACCCCAGAGCAACAGGAAACAAGCUUGCUUGAUAUUUCAUGUGACGGCCCUUCAGAUAUUUGAAGAUGGCUAUCAUGUCCCCUCUCCAUCUCCUCUUCUCUAGGGUAAACAUACCCAGCUCCCUCAGCUAUUCCUCAUAAGGCUUGGUUUCCAGACCCUUGAUCAUCUCGGGUCUGGACAACGUUCAUCUUCCAUGUUCCUCUCCCUCUCUGUCUCUCCUUUCCAGCAUCCACUCCACAAUGAUGAGUGAGGAUGCUGAUUUCCCUCCUGAGACCUCUGCCAACCUGCUGGACGUCAACCUGGGACGCUUUGACUUUGAAGUCUCCGAUUUCUUCCUCUUCGGCUCCCCCCUUGGUUUGGUGCUUGCCAUGAGGAGAACGGUCCUGCCUGGUCUGGAAGGUGAGCCCAGUUGCUUGGGGGGAAUUACCUGGAGAGGUGCUAAGAGGCAAGGGGGCAGUAGGGGGGCUCUGGAGGUGGCCUCCUUCAAGCGCGUUGAUCACUUCUUUACGACUAAUCAGCCUUAGAGCCUCGAACAAAACACUUUCCACACUUCUUCAAAAAAUUUGCUGCUGUUAGCGCUUUCAUUGGUCACAUUUGUUUGUAAUUACAGUGUUGAGUUGUCACAAGAUAGCCAAUUUUUGGUAACAGCUAUUGAUUUUCUUAUAAAUUAGUUACUUUACAUCUGUGGUAGGUGAAGGUUUCCGCAUAGAAUCAUAGAAUUGUAGAGUUGGAAGGGACCACAAGGGUCAUCUAGUCCAACCCCCUGCAAUGCAGGAAUCUCUUGCCCAACAUGGGGCUUGAACCCACAACUCUGAGAUUAAGAGUCCCGUGCUCUACUGACUGAGCUCUCCAGCUUUUUGGUAAGUAGUCAUAUAUAAAUAAUCUAAAUAUACAAACACUCUAAAGGCUCUAAAUUUCCUUCACCCUCACAUUUCCAUUAGUAAGGAUGUGUGAAAAAUAUUUUUCAUGCAAUAUUCUUUGCUGCAUAUUCUUUCUUUUAUAUGUCAGAGCAUAUAUUUAUUUUCUGAAUGAAUGAAUGUGCAAUUAAUGGUUACUGUGUUGAAGGAUGCAGAUGCAGAGAUGAUGAUAAUGAUGAUUAUUAUUCUGCAAAAAGCAAAUCCUGCUGUUUAUGGGAUGCACCCGCUCAUUCAAGAAUCCACUGGGCUGCCCCAUUUCUCCAUUUGACAGCUCAAAGCUGUCCCCCAUCCUGUCCCCCAUUUGACCCCCAUCCUGCCCACCCCCACCCCACCUCCACUGCAGCCUCUCUGGGAAUGUAGGGACAAGCUUGGCAGCUGUUUCUGUCCUGCUUCAAGACAUUUUGUGGGCAAUUUCUGAUGAUUCUGGGGCUCCUUCCUCCCCUCCCUCUCUCCCCCUUUCCAGCCUCCCAGGUGCAUCCCGCCUGCAGCCAGGUCUACAGCCUUUUCCACUCUGCAGACCCCUCCGCUUCCAGACUUGAGCCCUUACUGGAGAACAAGUUCCACCUCCUGCCUCCAUUUACGGUCCCGAGAUACCAGCGUUACCCACUGGGAGAUGGGAAGUCCCACCUCUUAGGUACUUCUCAUAUUUCUCUAGUUUUCCAAUUUUAUUGGUUUCUCACCUCAAAAAGUGCAAAUAUAACAACAAAUGAAAGAGGACAAAGAAUAAAAAAAAUGUACAGCAUCAAAGCCCAGAAAGGCAGAAGUAUAAAGCUAGAGCACAUCUCCAAAGGGAUAAUAAAGUAUUAACCUCAUACAAAGAUUCCCUUUACAAACAUUAAAAAUAAAAAACAAUUCUCUACCUGUGAGUCCCAUCACUAUUGAGAAUAAAGAUUCUAUGUAGACUUAAAUGAGACGUUUGCAUACCCUGGUGGCACUCAGUACCCACGUGCCGCAAUAUUCAUGUAAGAAAUAAAAUCAUGCCUUUCCUACUACAAGGUGACUUACAAAAAUAGCUUAAAACAAUAGAUAGAUAGAUAGAUAGAUAGAUAGAUAGAUAGAUAGAGUGGUACCUUGGUUCUUGAAUGGCUUAGUUGCUGAACAAAUCGGUUCCCAAACGCUGCAAACCUGGAAGUAAGUGUUCCAGUUUGCAAACGUUUUACGGAAGCUGAACGUCCAACGCGGCUGCUGCUUGAGUGCAAGAAGCUCCUGCAGCCAAUUGGAAGCUGUGAUUUGGUUUUUAGAUGGUUCCUGGAGUUGAACGGACUCCUGGAAUGGAUUAAGUUCUAGAACCAAAGUAUCACUGUAGAUAGAUAGAUAGAUAGAUAGAUAGAUAGAUAGAUAGAUAGCAAAAGGCUGCAAUAUCAGAUAAGAUACAGUGGUACCUCAAGUUACAAACACCUCAGGUUACAAACGCUUCAGGUUACAAACUCCGCUAACCUGGAAGAGUUACCUCGAGUUGAGAACUUUGCCCCAGGAUGAGAACAGAAAUUGUGUGCCGGCGGCACAGCAGCAGCAAGAGGCCCCAUUAGCGAAAGCACACCUCCAGUUAAGAACAGUUUCAGGUUAAGAACAGACCUCCGGAACGAAUUCAGUUCGUAACUAGAGGUACCACUGUAGGGGCAAAAUAGUAGCCUAAAAGACUCCCUCUUUCCCCAAAUACUCAGCCAAAGGAAGGCAUCUCAUGAACACAUGGUUUUCUGGGGGGACGGGGGACGAAGAUGGACUGGAAUAACACCUCCUGCCACCUGAUCUCUCUCUCUCUCUCUCUCUCUCUCUCUCUCUCUCUCUCUCUCUCUCCACCCCCUGCAGCGGAUGUCCUCCACUGCCACAGCGCCCUGUUUGCUGAAGAUAAUUCUGCAAAGCUGCCCUCCUUCUCCUUGGCAGGGGUCUCUGAGCCUUCCAACGCCACUCUAGGGAAGGGGCGGCGAGGGAGCACUGGCAGCAGCGAUAGCGAGAGUUCUGGGUCGAGGGAGAGCUUGCUGCCUGCUAGCGUGACCCAGAGUGAGUCCCACCCUCUGGGGGUUAGGGCAGGAGAUCUCUCUCGUUCUCUCCAUUUCUGGUUGAACAAAAAAUGGGAAUCCAGGGUGCAGGGAAUCUUGUGAGAAACAGGAAGCUUUGGGGCACAGUCUUGCUGAUGCUGACCUCCUUUGUUUCCCUGCAGUCACAUCUAAAUGGUGGGGGGCAAAGAGGAUAGAUUAUGCCUUAUACUGCCCAGACGUCCUUACGGCUUUCCCCACAGUGGCUCUCCCCCAUCUCUUCCAUGCCAGCUACUGGGAGUCCACAGACGUGGUUGCCUUCAUCCUCAGACAGGUGAGAGGGCCACUUUUUCUCCUCUACCUUGGGGCGGACGUAAAAUGGAGGAUGGGAGAACCAUAGAACCUGGAAGGGGGGAACAGGUGGAAUAUAAAUGUAAUAAAAAAUGAAUAAUUUAACAAUUUGGGGUCAGUUUAUCUGCAAGAUUGGCUUACCAAGUUCAUGACCACUCGACCAGUUUGAUUGACCAAACUAGCACUGUUUACAAGUGCCACGCAACACCCACGCUGCAUUCGUAAGCAAUCGAUCCUUUAGUGUGGGAGCACCUGCCCUACAGAACUCCCUGCCUCUUGACCUUCACUUUGCUCUUUUGGGCGCCUGCUAAAAACAUUCUUGGUUAGACAAGUCUACCGAGAUGUUUAGAAAGCUGGUGUGAGUUUUAACCCGUUUUUUAACUUUUUGAAUGUCUUAAAUCAUUGUUGUUCAUUUUUAUUAUCCAUAAUUUGAUUGUUUUAUAUUUUUUUGCAAAGCCCUUUUUUAUGAAUUGUACGAAUUUUAUGAAACAGAAUGGAUAAAUAAACAAAUAAAUCCAUCAGGGCGCCUUGGAAUUCCUUGUUCCACGCACGCAACAUCCUAGUUGAAUCCCACCCAUUAUUAUAAAGAAAAUGACGCCAUUUCUGCUGCCGAGGCUGCCUUCCCUCUCAGACGCUCACAUUUCGUUUCAGGUGAUGAGAUUUGAAACCACCGCUGUCAAGGAGAGUAACAGCUUGGACCCGGCGAUGCUCAGUCCCUCGAACCCCCGAGAGAAAUGGCUGCGCAAGAGAACCCAAGUCAAACUGAGGGUGAUGAGUGCCUUUUCAUUCAUUCAUUCAUUCAUUUGUUUUAUUUGUAUGCUGCUUUCCCACACAUAGAGAGAAAUACGGUACCCACCGCAGCUUACAACAAAGAAAACAGGAGUGCAUUUCUUUCCUUUUCAGAAUGUGACUUCCAACCACCGAUCGAAUGACGUCAUCGCAGCCGAAGAUGGCCCCCAGUCCCUGGUUGGCCGCUUCAUGUACGGCCCCCUUGACAUGGUGGCCCUGACAGGAGAAAAGGUAAGCCCCCUCCCCACCCCCGGUCUUCAUUCUUCCUGCUAAGGCUAAUUGGAAACACAGGGGUGUGUCAGCCAUGCAGUGAAAGAGACUUCAGAAGGGGACUUUGUUCUCAGAGGGGGGGCUUCUUACUGGUGGGACGGCAGAGGAAGAGCAAGGCCGCCCAUCCUUAGCAUUUUUAGCAGGUUCCAUAUUGCACCGAAGUGCAGAGUCUAAGGGAGGCAGCUCCUGGGUGGCAACCCUUUGAUUUAAUGGCUCAUUUAAAUCUGCCUGCUCCUUGCCACUCUCUUCACCUGGGCAAAAUGGCAGCACUCAAAGCUGGGAAGCAAAGUGGGGAAAGAGGCUGCCUCCACACUAAUUAUUAUUAUUAUUAUUAUUAUUAUUAUUAUUAUUAUUAUACUGCCCUAUACCUGGGAGUCUCAGGGAACAAAAUCAAGAUAUAAAAUCAUAAAAUACCUAAUAAAAAUAUUUUUAAAAACCCAAUAGCCUCCCCCCCCCAAAUAAAACAUUUUAAAAGGGCAUAGAGUGUAAAUCAGAUCAACCAAAGGCCUGGUUAAGAAGGAACUUUUUGCCUGGCACCUAAAGGUGUAUAAUGAAGGCGCCAAGAACUUCCCUGGGGAGAGCAUUCCACAGGUGGGGAGCCACUGCAGAGAAGGCCCCGUUCUCAUGUUUCCACCCUCUGGACCUCUUGAGGAGGAGGCACACAAUGAAGGGCCUCAGAAGAUGAUCUCAGGGUCCGGGUAGGUUCAUAUGGAAAGAGGUGGUCCUUGAGGUAUUGCCGUCCUGAGCCGUUUAUAGGUCAAAACGAGCACUUUGAAUUGGGCCCGGAAACUAACUGGUAGCCAGUGCAGUCAGACCAGGAUUGGUGUAAUAUGUUCAAACCAUCUUGCUCCGGUGAGCAACCUGGCCACUGAAUUCUGCACCAGCUGAAGUUUCCGAACCAUCUUCAGAGACAGCCCAACGUAUAACGCACCAAUAUCACAGCCUGGUCUGCUUGGCACUAACGUUGCCUCCCUGUCCUCUUCCACUGCAGUCUGGGGCUUAUGGGAGUUGUACUCCAAAAAUAUCUGGCCGUAGGGUGCUUGUUCUCUCCCCAACAGAGAACAACGGCUGGGGAGUGGGGGGUGGGGUCUCAGGAGGAACAGCUGUGGAUCUGUUGCCACUGUACCACAACAUCCAGCAAGGAUCAUUUGAUGCUCUGAAAUUGAAAAUUGAAAAUUGAAAAUUGAAAAUUGAAAAUUGAAAAUUGAAAUACUUUCUUGUCACUUGUACAACUUGUAUAGAGUGAGAUUACACGAGCACCCCCCACUCAGCCACUCUUAGUCUUAAUUCCCCUCGUUUACUGACACUCACACAGCAAACCCGAAAGUCAGUUGCCCUGUUGUUAUCUUUUCAUUCAGUAGCCUAACACCCCACAGAUAGAAGCUGUUCUUUACCCUCUUCUGGAGCCUCCAGGCCCAGAGGCAAUCUAUCUACAUUCCUAGUUUGUUAGGGGCAUUUGGCCCCUGUGAGAACAGUGCGCUGGACCAGAUGGGCCAUCAUCUUGACCCACCAAGGUUCAUCUUUCGUUCUUAUGUACUCCUGCUCUCUGACUGGAUAACAGGAAGUGCAUCCAGGUGUUCUCUUCCUCCUCCAGGUUGACAUCUUCAUUAUGACAGAGCCCUCUUCUGGGCGCUGGGUCUACUUUGACACGGAGAUCACCAACAGCAGCGGGAGGGUCUCCUACAACUUCCCUAAAGAGAAGAGGCUGGCGGUGGGUGUCUACCCCAUCAAGAUGGUGGUCAGGUAAGGCCCAGGGCUUGGGAGGUUCUGGGAAGGGUGUCUGUGUGCCAUGGUGAGGGGGGUGGCAGUGCAGAAUCCAAAGAAAUGCUCAGCGGUUGGAGAGAACAUGGUACUUGCUUUUUGCUCCCUCCAGGGGCGACCAGAGCACAGCCGUCAGCUACCUCACUGUCCUCCCCCGGGGGAUGGAGUGCGUGGUUUUCAGCAUCGAUGGGUCCUUCGCAGCCAGCGUCUCCAUCAUGGGCAGCGACCCCAAAGUUCGGGCCGGUGCAGUUGACGUUGUCAGGUGAGGGGCUCCCAGCAAAUUAUUCGGUGGACAGAAUUAAUUCAUACUCAGGCCGGGUGGAGGCUCAGUUGACCUUGGGAAACCCCACAGGCUGGAUCAUGAGAACAGGCCAAUGGAUCAGGCCAAUGACCCACCCCAGUCCAGCAUGCUUUUCUUCCAGUAGCCACCCAGAGGCCUGUGGGAAACCAUCAAGCAAGACCUGAGCACAAGAGCCCUCUCCCCACCUGCAGUUUCCAACAACUGGAAUUCAGAAGCAUUGCUGCCUCCAGCUGUGGAGGCAGAACAUAACCAUCAUGGCUAGGAGCCACUGAUAGCCUUCUCCUUCUCCAUGAAUUUGUCUGAUUGUCUUUUAAAGCCAUCCGAGUUGGUGGCCAUCACUGCCUCCUGUGGGAGGGAGUUCCAUAGUUUAACUUUGUGCUGUGUGAAGGAGUACUUUCUUUUAUCUGUCCUGAAUCUCCCAAUGUUCAUUGGACAUCCCCAAUUUCUAGCAUAACAAGAGAAGGAGGAAAACUUUUCCCUACUCUCUUGCUCCAUGCCUUGCAUAAUUUUACAAACUUCUAUCAUGUUGCUUCUUAUUUGUCUUUUCUCCAAAUCGAAAAGUCCAAAAUGCCACAACCUUUCUUGAUAGUGGAGUCAUUUUUCAUUUGGGUUGCCCUUUUCUGAAUGAGCACUCUGGGAUUUGAGCACCUUCUCUCUGUGUGUGUGUGUGUGUCCCCUGCAUACUGCAGACACUGGCAAGACCUGGGCUACCUGAUCAUCUACAUCACAGGGCGCCCGGACAUGCAGAAGCAGCGGGUCGUCUCCUGGCUCUCUCAGCACAACUUUCCCCAAGGGAUGAUCUUCUUCUCGGAUGGGCUUGUCCACGACCCCUUGAGGCAGAAGACCAUCUUCCUCCGCAACCUGGUGCAAGAGGUAGCUGACAGAUGGGUGGGGACCUCCCCUCCUGAGGGUUUUGGGAAUGGAGGUGGGGGGGGGGUACAAAUGCAAUAAGCAAACAAAUAUAUAUAUAGAGAGAGAGAGAGAGCAUAUAUAGCAUAUAUAGAUAUAUUCAAGCAAUCCCCCUUGGUAUAACGCAUUGUUUAUUGUUAUUUUUUAAAUAGACACAUUUACUGGCCCUCAAGUAUAUGCGUUUUGGGGCACUUUUUUGUCGUUGGAUAACUUCACUCCAAAAUUCAGAGAAGUGAGAGUUUUGUUUCAGUUUGCAAAAUUGUUUCAGGGAGUUCGGAUCAAAUCCACACCCAUCCUUAGUUCUGGUUGGGGCUUUGCCGACUGGGCACUGACCUUCCGGUGCAGUUGGCACCAGCGUUGGCUCGGAUGAAUAUCUCCUGCUCAGUCCUGAUGCUUCAAACUGCAUGCAGGGGCAAAUUUUGGACAUUAUGAACAUAGGAACAUAAGAACAUACAAAGAGCUUGCUGGAUCAGGCCAGCAGCCCAUCUAGUCCAGCAUCUCACAGUGGACAAUCAGAUGCUUGCAGGAAACCAGCAAGCAGGAUCGGAGCCCAAGAACUCUCUCCCCUCCCGUGGUAUUCAAAAGCAUUGCUACCUUCAGCUGUGGAGGUAGAGCAUAGCAUGGCUAGCAGCCAUUGGUAUCCCUCUCCUCCAUGAAUUUGUCUCUUGUAUACCCCUUCUGUCCCUGGAGAGAGUACGGAGAGCGUGUCCAUAGCAGCAAACCAGAAUCCCUCUGGGGUUGGUGCUUCAAGGCCUGAAAUAAGUGAGUCGAAGAGGCAACCGGCCAAAAUGUGAUGAAAAGGGGCUGAAGCUUUGUCAUUUCUCCAUCCUCUCCUAGUGCCACAUCAAGAUCUGUGCUGCCUAUGGCUCCAUGAAAGACAUCUCUGUUUACAACGUCCUGGGUCUCUCCCCCUCCCAGAUCUACAUCGUUGGACGGCCAGCAAAGAAAUAUCAGGCUCAGUGUCAGGUGACUUUGUUAUUUCUUUGUUUAGAGCAGUGGUCCCAGAACCUUUGGGGGCCACCACCCCUUUGGUUCCAUCAAUUCAUCCCUAGUGCUCCCUGUGCGCUAUAUAUAUUUAAAAGCAUCAUUCACAAUAUCGCUUUACAUGAUCCACUAAGGACGAUAAUAACCCAAUGAAUGAAUGAGUCAAUUUCGGUGACUGACCAGGGUGAGUACCCCAAUAAAAUUCAAAACAGUUGCACUUCAUUUAUUCAAAACCCCAUAAAAAGGUAUUUUUCAGAAUAGCAGUUUGUGCAACCCACCGUGCAAAGUAAUAAUGCAGCACACAAUUCAAAACAAUAAGAAUUAAUUGCAAGUUUAUUCAAAAUCCAAAUGAAACUAGUUACAGGUAGGUAGCCGUGUUGUCUGCUGUAGUCAAAACAAAAUAAAAAAAUUCCUUCCAGUAGCACCUUAGAGACCAACUAAGUUUGUUAUUGGUAUGAGCUUUCGUGUGCAUACACACUUCUUCAGAUGCUGUUUAGUUUAAUGGAGUAAGCAAACUGGAUGAAAUUGAUCCAGUGCCCCUCUACUAUCUGCUUGCCUCUUCGCCACCCCCCUAGGGAAUCCUGCUGCCCCCCAGGGGGUGGUACCCACUGAUGUAGCUGAAAGGCAAGGCAAGGAAAUCUCACAGAAUCAAAGAAUCAAGGAGUUGGAUGGGGUCCCUAGAGUCAUCUAGUUCAACCUCCUGCAUUGCAGGAAUCAUAAUCAAUCUGCUUUAACUACACUGCAGCCCUAUUUGUUAUUGUUGUUGUAUAACUAUAAGAUUAUUGCAUAAUUUUAAAAGGCAGCAUGGCUGUGAAGAAGGGUAGGAUCCUACUUUUCUGCAUUUGCCUCUCCAGUUACUGACUGAGUGCAUGUGAGAGUUGACUCUUUGCGAGGGGCAAGUUCAAAGGGUGAAAAGGACAGUUGUGAAUGGGCUUCUGCUCCCUUGCCCUGGGUGGUUUGGACUUCAGGAAACAGCACCUCAGUCCUCACAUUCUUGUAACAAUAACAAUAACAAUUUAUUAUUUAUAGCCCGCCCAUCUGGCUAGGUUUCCCCAGCCACUCUGGGCGGCUCCCAACAGAUUAAAAACAGAAUAAAACAUCAAAAAUUAUAAACUUCCCUAAACAGGGCUGCCUUUAGAUGUCUUCUAAAAGUCACAUAGUUGUUUAUUUCCUUGACAUCUGAUAGGAGGGCGUUCCACAGGGCAGGUGCCACCUCCGAGAAGGCCCUCUGCCUGGUUCCCUGUAACGCCACUUCUCACAGUGAGGAAACCGCCAGAAGGCCCUCUGAGUUGGACCUCAGUGUCCGGGCAGAAUAAUGGGGGUGGAGACACUCCUUGAGGUAUACUGGGCUGAGGCCGUCUAGGGCUUUAAAGGUCAGCACCAAUACUUUGAAUUGUGCUUGGAAACGUACUGGGAGCCAAUGCAGGUCUUUCAGGACAAGUGUUAUGUGGUCUCUGUGGCCACUCCCAGUCACCAGUCUAACUGCCGCAUUCUGGAUUAGUUGUAGUUUCUAAGUCACCUUCAAAGGUAGCCCCACAUAGAGCGCAUUGCAGUAGUCCAAGCGGGAGAUAACUAGAGCAUGCACCACUCUGGCGAGACAGUCUGCGGGCAGGUAGGGUCUCAGCCUGCGUACCAGAUGGAGCUGGUAGACAGCUGCGCUUGACACAGAAUUGACCUGCGCCUCCAUGGACAGCUGUGAGUCCAAAAUGACUCCAAGGCUGUGCACCUGGUCCUUGCUCCAUUCAGGACCAGGGAGUCCUCCAUACCUGCCUGCCCCCUGUCCACCCCCAAACAGUACUUGUGUUUUGUGAGGAUUCAGCCUCAAUCUGUUAGCCAAUCUGACUGCCUCCAGGCACUCACACAGGACCUUCACUGCCUUCACUGGUUCUGAUUUAAAAGAGAUGUAGAGCUGGGUAUCAUCCGCAUACUGAUGAACACCCAGCCCAAACCCCCUGAUGAUCUCUCCCAGAGGCUUCAUGUAGAUGUUAGAAAUCAUGGGGGAGGGGACAGAACCCUGAGGCACCCCACACAUGAGAGCCCAGGGGUUUGAACACUCAUCCCCCAACACCACUUUCUGGACACGGUCCAGGAGGAAGGAGCGGAACCACUGUAUAACAGUACCCCCAACUCCCAGCCCCUCUAGAAUCAUCAUAGAAUUGUAGAAUUGGAAGGUACCCCAAGGGUCUAGUCCAACUGCCUUCAAUGCUGCCGAUUUCUGUCCUUCUCCAUUUUCUCUUGCCUCCAGUUCCUGAGCGAAGGCUACGCAGCCCACCUGGCCUCGCUGGAGUCCAGUCUGCGCUCCCGCCCCAAGAAGAACAACUCGCGCAUGAUCCUGCGCAAGGGCAGCUUCGGCCUCCACUCGCAGCCGGACUUCCUGCGCAAACGGAACCACCUCCGGCGGACUCUCUCUGUCCAGCAGCCUGACCCGCCUUCCCUGACCCCCAAGCCGGAACGGGCCCAGAGCCAGCCCGAGUCAGACAAGGACCAUGACCGGCUCCUGCCCCCCAUUGCGUGGGGCAGAGGGGGGAUCCCCAAGUUCGAGUCUGCCCCAUAGCGGGCAUCAGGGAGGGUGCCGUCGUGGCUCCUGCGUCCUGUGAUGAGCGUGUUGGGUUCCGGCGCUUUGAGAGCUGCCUGGGCGGCUCUGGGGUCCAAAUUGGGCAGGGAAGGGCCGGGGGGGGCUCCCCCAAGCUCCAAUGGUGUCUGUCUUCCGAAGGGACACCCCUGCGUGCUCCCCUAUUUGUGUAUCUGCUGACGAAAUGUGGAGAGCAGAGAAAACGGGGCAUGCCUGCUGCGGUUUCUGGUGGUUGGUGCAUUGGGCGGGCAAAUGAGCUGUACAUGUAUACUACAUUUUGAAGCGUGCAAUAAGGGGUCCGGCUCAUACCACAGAGCAGGGGCGGGGACCCCAGGCAGCACCUAAACCUGCUUUUCAAAUAAAAAAGUGCAGGUUGGUUUCCAAGCCCCAUGGCUGCACCGACAGUGGAGACAACUCUCUCGGGGAUGGAAGGAACCCAUCCAAGCACAGAGGUGGUCAGCAGGCAGCUUUGCAGAGAGACUCUCUGAAGUGCCUGAAAGGUCUUUUCCAUUCCAGCGGCCCACUGAUAUAGCUGGCCUCAGAUUUCCAUGUUUCUAAAGAGAUGGAAAACGGACAGGGACAUCAGCAAAGAAGGAGGCGAACGUGGCUUCUCUCCGGAAACAUUUACGGAAGGAAAAUUCCCUGGAGAAGAGGAAGGCAAAGGUGGCAUCUGCUGCUUGAAGGGCUGCCUGGCUUUUUUCCAGCUGUGGCGCCUGCUUUCUCCUGCCACACGGUUGGGCGUGUUGGUGGCUUGUGGUUUUGUGGACAAUAAACCCCACACUGGAGCGGUCCAUUUGAUGAACCAAAUAUCGUUAGGAGUGUGUUAUGUGCCCCUUCUUCUUCUUCUCUCCUUCGCCCCCAUUGGGAUCUCCAAAGCACCCCUCAGUGCUGCUGCCACCCUGUGUGUGUGUGUGUCAAAAUUGUGCGCGCUGCCGUUGUGUCUUGUGGAACGUGGUCGGUUGUGGCAAGUGUUUCCAAGUCAAAGGGGUGGGUGGGAAGUGCAUGUGUCGCCUGUUCAGUGUUCAGUGUGGAUUUCAAACAGAAAAGGCAAGGACUUGCUCACACCUGCGCUUCCAAGUCUGAUGUCCUAAACACACACACACACACACACACACACACACCACAACCAUACACCAUACACGCCAACACCGCCAACACACACACACCAUAUCCAACACACUCACAUUCUCUUUCCCAGCUCUUGGGUGCAAACCCAUGGCUUUUUGGGGGAUAGGGGAGCUCCAUGGCAGCUGAGUAGUCCAGUUUCACUAAGUCAAGGUGUGGAAAGAGAGAAAUAUUUACAUAGGGGAACAGGAUGGGGUGCCAAAUGGCGUGCCCUGUGUGUGCAGUGUAUAUUAUCCCAUGGGGGCCUUUUGCACGACUUUCACUGCUGACGUUGCACAGCACAGGUUCACAUUUUCGCACUUGAUCUGCUUUGUUUGCUGUCCUGUCAGAAAGAAAGUGGGGAGUGGGACUUGUACUCAUCACCCAGAUCUUGAGCUUUCAUUCUCAAGAGGCGCUCAGGCGAUGGUUAGGUCUGCUGGUCCUGAGGGGUGAGAGAGCUGGGCUUCCCUCCUCAGCUCCUGAACCUUCUCUCUGUGGAGUUUGUUUCAAAAGUCUUAGAAAGCGAGGUCACCCAAAACACUUUCAACUUCCUCUUUAAAAAAAAAAUCCCUCCUACUGAUGUGAUACCAUGAUUUGGAGUGAGUCAGCGGUGGUCUCGUAACUUGGAAGGUACUGCAGACCCAUUUCAAAGCUUUUAGUGCUCCAGGCUGAAAAACUCCAGGGGUAGGGUUGUGUUUCUGUGAAAGUUUUUGACUAAUAAUUGCUCCAGUGGGAAAGCAGCAUCCCUGAACCAGUUUCAAACUGGCUGGAAUCAUAGGAUUGCUGAGUAAGAAGUCAUCUGGUGCAACCCCCUGCAGCAACACUGCAGCGGUGUCUCCUUCAGAUCCCAGCCCUGAGCUUGGAGCUGGGGACAGAUUGUCCAGUGAUUAUCUCAAAGGAUCGCAUUUCAAACUCUGAACUGCUUGAACUUUGGGUUGCAAAAUGCAGCAUCAGCAGCCUCUUAGGACACAGCUGAUGACCAUAGAGAAGUUCCCUCUAUGCCUAUUGAACUUCUGCCAUGAAAGGCAGAGGGGUGAGAUCACCUAAGCAAAUGGAAACCAGUCUGGACAGUCAAACACAGCUGUAGUUCUUGAUAAAACUCAGGCUGGGUGAUGAAGUUGCAAGCACCAGAAGAUUAUGACCCCUCCAAUGCUUUCAAGAGCUGGUGCGCCAAGGAAUGGUGGUCUUGGGAUGGCAAGGUUCUUCCUAGCCCUGACUCUGAGGAUUCUUGUCCUGCCACAGAUGUGAAGUCCUGGGUGACCUCUUUGUGCAAAGAGACAGGAGGGUUUCAGGGGGCGUUUUGAAGUCUUACAGUCUGCAUCUAUGUACAGCUCUGAAUUUCUUACAUGGACAAUCAACACGGGAGGAGGGAAUAAAGACUCGUGUCCUCCCCCCAGAAGCGGUGUACAUUUUGGUGUGGAAUUGUGUGUUUUUCUAUUAUAUAUAUAAAAAAUAAUCCUCUGACAAAUGGAGUCCUGUCAAAUGAACACCUUCUCUGCCUUUUUGGUAUCUGUACUUGGAAAGGGUCCUUUUCUCACCCUCUGUCCUUCCUGCUGAAUUUCUGCAACCCUCUCAGCACACGGAUCAAAUAAAACCACUCUACCUUCUCACUCA